CUGCCAGGUUGGGAAUCUUAUUUUCUUUCUGAAAGUCCAGAGGAAUCCCAGGACCCAGAAGAGAAGCAUCUGGAGCAGUUGCUGCAGAACAAAAUGGAAGGUGAGAGAUGAUAACAAUUCUGACGAGUUCUGUUUCAGCAAAACCCUGCUUUCCUUUCCUUUCCUUUCCUUUUAUUUUAUUUUCCUGCACAAGUAGUGCGCAGUUUCAUAGUUGAUCUCUCUUCUUCUUCUUCUUCUUCUUCUUCUUCUUCUUCUUCUUCUUCUUCUUCUUCUUUCUCCUCCUCCACACACAUCCACAGAAGCUCCUGGGAACCACGAGACAGAAUUUCAAAAGGGAUGCUAGGGAUCUAGGAGGCACACUGACCUCUCACUCUCUGUGGGGUCCUGUUGUCCUGCUUCUGUGCAAAGUGGGACAACGAAAUAAACACUAGGGCAGGGAAAGAAUUCUGCCCUUAGGAAUUAUUGCUUCUUCUUUUUUUCAAAUACCGCUUUGCCGUGAUGAGAACUUAGAACAGCAGACCAAGCAAUGCAGUCUCUCCUGUUUCACAGCUUUUGUACAGUUCUUUACUCAACCCCGCUCUUCCAACAAUAAAGCACACACACAAAGGAAUUCUGCGAUAAUAGUAUUACCCAAACGCCACUUGUUAUGUGCAAAUGAUGGUGAAAUCUAUUGUUUUCUUGGACUUUUCUACUUUGUUUUCCUCUCUACUUCCAUUAGAAUUUUGCAACAAGAAAUAUAUUUUUUUAAAGUGCUGAACCGCCUUAAAAUACACGCUCUAGAAUGGCAAGAUUUAUGAAGUGCUACUUUCUUUGCUAGACCCCAGGUUUUUUUAUUGGCUACUAAGAUGUGGAUUUCUGGAAUCACAACCUUAAAGUACCUUAAGGAUACAAUAUAAAGCUGAACUCUUCUGGUAGGGUGGUUGCAGUGCAGGUUGAUCGCUGGCUAUAUUUUAGGAAAUACUUUCUCCUGUUCCCAUUUGUUUAAAGAGAAACAUGUUAUGUUUCUCUUUAGUUCAUGCGUGCACACCCUACAUGCUCAGAAUACAUACAUACCAAAAGGUAUACUCACACCAGUACAAUACAUAUUUCAUAGGUCGAAACUUCAAAAUUUCAGCCAAACUGGUUUACAAAGUAAAGUGAGGUUGCAAUCUUGCGCACACUUGCUUCAGAGUAAGGAAGAUUUACAUACAAGUGAACAUCAAUAGGAUCAGGUGUUGUUUGUAAAGUAACAAUUGCUAGGGUCACUCAUUUGUGGAUUGUAAGGAGUGUCUCUUGCUUUCGAUGUGACAUUGCAAAUGUUGCUUUGUCUCAGAUGUUAAUCUGGCAGUUGUUAACAAUUUAAACGGGUUUAAUUGUUAAUUUUGCUUGGCAUUCAAAGCACUUUGCCAGGAGAUAUAAAAUCGGUAUGACCUCCAUUAACGUUCUCCGUUUUGAAUUCCAAAGAACUCUUCAUCCAGCAAAUAAGAGGUUGGGAUAUUGAUUGUAACCUGUAAAGGGAUGGCUUUUGUAUCAGAUAUUUUUAUUUGAUAACUGCCACUUCCUAAGCAGUUUUCAUUAUUUAUUCAUUUAUUUAUUUUUUAAAAAUUGGCAAGUGAAUUUGUAGCUGCCAAGUAUGAUCUUCAAGAAAUAGUUACUUCUUAUGGGGGUGUCAACGCUAGCUAUGUUUACUUAGAAGAAAGCCCCUUUGAAGUCAGAGGGUGUUCCUCUGAGUCAGUACAAAUGAGGAUUGAGCUGCAGAUGUCUGCUUAGUGCUAAAAUGUGGUGGUCCUGCCAGGUGCUUUAUCCAGUGAUAAGGUUCCUCUCUGGCCAAGGGGGUAUUACACUAUAAAAGCAGAUGCGUUUUUUGUGGGGGGAUUCCAUUUGGAUGAAGGAUAUGCAGCUCAAAGGGUAUAAUGUUUUCUCUGUACACCCAGAUUUCUUCUCUCUGAAAUCUAGUGCCAAGCAGAAAAAUGGCACUAGCACGUUCUUUCAUUCUUUGUUUUUAAAUGUCAAAAGCAAGAAGAUUUCUUUAAGUUGCAUUCCACCACUGAUAUUUAUAGGGUUGCCAUUUCUUCUCUUUUUCCAGGACACAUCCUCUUUUUCAGGGGUAAAAUUUCUGUCCGAGUGGGUUUUUUAAAUUUGCCAUACUUUCUGGAUGAGACGUAGACAUAACUGGUAGCCGAAGACUUGCUUUCCUAUUCUCUUCUCCUGUCCCCCUCAGCAAUAUAUCACAGUUUCUAUUGCCUACAUAUAGUAGGGGGUAUUUAAAACGAGAGUCGUCAUAGCGUCCUCUUUUUUUUUUUGCUCUUCAAAAUAUGGCAACCCUAAUUUAGCUCUGUGGGUGAUUGGUCUAGCAUGUAAUUUCUCUCUCCCUCUGAAAGUCUCAACAUGAGGUCUGCUCCUCAAAAAGUUGCUCCCAACUUUUUAAACUUUGUCCAAUUUUCCUUGGUUUCCAUUUAGGGAAGGCAGAGAAAGGAAUCCUUGGGUUCUACUGUGUUUCAGACUAGUUGGCAAUCUUCCUCAGGAGCACCUCACUAGUUCUAAACGCCAAGCGACUAUUACCAUAAGCAACUACACAGGCCUGCGGCUAUGAACGCCAUAGGGUCAAAUUCCUUUGUUGUCGCGCCCACCCACCCUGCAAAAAAGCGGGGAGGCUUAAAACAGGCAACAGCAGUUCUAACUUUGUUCACUGGAACAUACUGUUUUAAAAUGGACUGCUUCUCCCCAGAACCACCCCCCUCCCAAAUCCCCAUCUUUGCAGGAUUUUAAAUCCUUCUGUGAAUCUCAUUCCCCAUCUCUUAAUGGCCCCCUUCCAAAGCUGAAUGCUGAAAUGGCAAUUUGCUCCCUGGCUCCUGUUCUUUGGGCACAGCUUUAGCAAGGCUUGAAAGAUUGAGAGAAGCAAAAUGCCCUCCUUAUAUCGUGCAUAAGUGAAGCCUCAACUGUUUCCUUUUUUCCUUUAUUGAAAAGCAACGUUGGGAAGAUUCUAAGAGGCAGGGAGGCAUGGAGGAAGAACGCUCAAUCCUUUCCCCACCGGCUGCUUUCCCACUCAGAGUUUCCCCCCCUACUUUCCUACUCAGAGUUUUCCCCCCUACUUUCCUACUCAGAGUUGUUCAACCUACUGGCACUCGAAAUUUGCUUCCCCCAGUUGGCCUUUACAGCCUGGGAAAGUGACCAUUCUCCGCAGCCAAUCCUUCUUUGAAAAUUAUGUUCUCUCCUCACUGCUUUUUAGAUGACCUGGGUUUCUGUACCCGGUUCUCUUGCCAGAUCUAUGGUUUGGCCUUUAUAAUAUAUAGUUAUCAAACAGGGUUUUAAGCUAGGGCACAUGGGUGGGUAUUGCUUGGUUUUUGCCAUUGUUUCACAUAUUGUUCCUCUUUGUUCUUUUCCUCCUUACCUUAGCAGAUAAAGUGAAUUUUCUGAAUGAACUUUUCAUGCUACGUAGUUUGGUCUCCUCUGUACAGCUGCAGAAGGACAUUUCAUUUGAACACAAAAUUUCUGAGAGGUCUGUUGUGACUUAAACAGUUUUGUAACAGUCAAUACGUUAACGUGGGGGGGAGGAGGUUUGACCAUUGCCCCCAUUUCCAAUUCUAGGAAAAGCUGAAUUUUGUGAAUUUCUGCCUGCCAACGUAGCUGUUGAGGGCACAGGAGCUUCACAAAAAUAAAAAUGAAAAUGUUUUGAAAAACCCAGCAAUAGGUCACAGGAAUCAGAUUUUGGUUUUCACUGGAUCCUUCAUUGGCAAUAUUUUCAUUUCGUGAAUGCUGAGUGGUGCAUAAGAUGUGACCUCUUUAUUUGCAUUUCCUAAGAGUGUGUCAGUUUACGAAAGUAUGAAAUCACAAUCUUAGUAUCAAAUAUUAGCAGACAGUGGAAUAAAUGUAUGUUUUAGCGAUGUCCCGUCAUCUCAUACCUCUGAAACAAGCUUGCUUGAUUUUUGUGCAAGAUUGAAGUGAACUCAUAUACACCUCGUACUCCCUGUGGUCUGUUGUCUGUCCCUGUGUAUCAUCCCCAUUUUGUCAUUUGGAGAGAUUUUGGGAGUGAUGACACUUUUAAAAACAUAUUAAGUGUGCAUUGCUAGAGCUGUAAUUCUUUAGGAUUCAGCCUCUCUCCCCAGAACUUAACUCUUGGAAUGGGGAAUGCGUCAUGAUUUUAGUGCCCAUGAAUGGAAAUAUAUUUGCUUCAAGGACGGGCCCCUGUAACCCUUCAGAUGUUACUCGACUUCGACUCCCAUCACCUGACCAUUGACUGGCGCUGCCUGGGGCUGAUGGGAUUUGUAGUCUGACAAAAUCUGGAAAACUCUCUAUCCAGAUAAACAGUUUUAAUGUGUUUUGAGUUGCUGCUAUUUGUAAUAAGGGCAGCCAGAUCUAUUGUGAGAUUGAACAUUCUAAAGUUGAGGAGCUGGUAGGAUUCUCUGGUCAGUUUACUAAUAUUCCCUGCUUGAGAAGGCACUGCAGUGCAGACCACAUUGCCUGCAGAAUAAAUAUAUAAAUAGCAAGAACAGAUGAGACUUCAGUAGUGUGCAAUUUUGGGAGGGGGUUCCCAUGAGCAUCACUCUUGGGGGUGAGAAUGGGUUGUUGUUGUUUUUUCACGAAAGGCUCAGUUUUAAUCUAUGAAUUGUUGGAAGAUAUAUAUAAUUUCCAACCUGAUUAAGUAGAUAGCAGGUGAAUCCCUUUUUCUAAAAUCUCAAUGCUUCUAGUCAUUUUCUUUCUGGUUUAUCUUCAAAAGCUCUCUGUUAUUAUUGAGAUGGUGUUAAUUCUUCCAAGGUUGUUUUGCUUAAUUUCUAAAGCAGCCUUCUCCAUCAGGAGUGCCCUCCUGAUUAUUUUGAACUACAAGUCCCAUCAUCUCCAGCCAGCACAGCCAUUGGUUUGGGCUGCCAGGAGUUGUAGUCCAAAACAUCUGGAGGACUCCAGGUUGGAGAUGGUUGACCACUGUUCAAGUCUUCUUUGAACCCACAUCCUCUGGCCUAGAAUGUUCAGAGACAUUUGUUUUAUAUUUAUUGCUACAUCCCACUUUUCAGAACCAAUUGCUUGCAUUCAGUACCUCUUUGGGGGGUAAACUCUGGUGAGUCCUUUUUCAAUUUUUUGUACUGCAAAAAUUACUGUAAGUCAAGAAAACAAAACAAAAAGGAGCCGAGGAAGGGAACCCCCCCAAUCAUCUCAUAUUAACAAUACAAUAACUAUCAAUAUGUCCAUUUUAGUUUACUCAUAUAGCGCAAUAGAUGCUAUCCAAAUGUCCAAAUCGGUAUCCAAGUGAGAUUGGUGUUUAUGAAAAGUAUGUGCAAAUGUAGCAAAUGCAUUAAGUUCUUCAGACCAUUGUGUAAUAGAUGGUGGGCAUCUGUGGUGGGCUCCAACUCAAUUUAAGCUCCAUUUCCUAGCAAUCUGUCAAUGAAGUGCAAGUGACAGAACCACAAUUGAUUAUUUAAGGCAGAGAUUAGCAACUAGUGAUUCAUGGGUGACAUCUAGCCUCCCCCCCCACUCCUUGACACUUGCCAGCUCAUGGGGUGUUGUGUCAAACACUUAUCUUUAAAACUUUGACAAGAUGAAUCCUCUUUCCUGCAGACUUGUAGAUCUCCCACCAUUUCACUAACAGGUUUUUUGUUGUUGUUUUUUAAGAACAAAACUCAAGCCUGUGCAUUUUGGUUCUCUAAUGUUGGACACUGGAACCAUUCAAGGCCUGCUGUGAAGAGUUAAAUAGGGCAAAAUGGUUCACUUUUAUACAGACCUGGAUGCUGCUGGAUUCGAAUAUAUUCUCUGGUGAGACAUCCAGAGCACUGUCAUAUCCAUAGCUGUCAACUUUUCCCUUUUCUUGCGAGGAAUCCUAUUUGGAAUAAGGGAAUUUCCCUUAAAAAAAAGGGAAACGUUGACAGCUAUGGUCAUGUCCAAUUCUCUGGGUUCAGUUCCAGCUAUUGAGGCCUGAGGAUGUGGGCAAGGUGCUUCCGGCUAUCUGCCCAACCACUUGCCCUCUCACCCUUGCCCAUCCUCACUUGUUCAUCUAAGUCAGGGUGGGGGACUGACUCCAGGGUGGGGGUGAGUCCAGAGGGUGGGUAGCACCACCAAAGGGUUAUCCCACCUGCCUUGAAGAAGGUGGUGGUAUUCCUGCUGCUGAAAAAGCCUUCACUGGAUUCUGAGGUGCCCCACAGCUACCACCCCCAUCCAUCUCUAAUAUCCGCUCUUGGGGUUAAGGUUCUUGCAAGGUUGGUGGUGAUUCAGCUGCAGGCACUAUUGGAGGAAAAAGAUUAUCUGGACCCAUUCCACUCUGGAUUCAGGUCUGCAUUUGGUACAGAAUCAGCCCUGGUUACCCUGACAGAUGACCUCCCUUGAAGGCGAGGCAGUGGAGUGCAACCCUACUGCUGCUGUUAGAUUCCUCAUCCAGUUUUUAUACUAUUGACCAUGGUGUCCUGCGGGUUAGGAGUUGGCGGUACUGUUUUGCAGUGGUUCCACUCCUGCCUGCAUGACUGCCCCCCAGAGAAUAGCAUUGGUGGACUACAUGUCUAUCUAUAUUUUGGCAGCUUAACAGCAGGAUGCUGCAAGGCACGAGCCUGUCCCCAAUGCCUGAGAUAGUUGCCUCACCUUGGCUCAUGGGUGGGCCUGGCCCUGAGUCAGAGCAGGCUGUUUCUAAAAGUGGGCAGGGAAGCUUGUGUCAUCUAGAUGUUGCUGGACUACAACACACACACACACACCCCGGCCAUUGGUCAUGUUGGCUGGGACUGAUGGGAACUGUAUUCCAACAUAAUUUGGAUGGCUUCCGGUUCUCUACUCCUGUCGUUGAAAAUCAAGGGGCAGUUUUAAUCUGAUUUCUAGUCAGAAAGCAAAAACAAAACAAAACAAAAAACAAAAAGGAAAACACACAGAGACUGGGUAACAGAACUGCUCUGUCCCCUCACCAUCAGAUAAUGUGGUGUCAGAUCCGAGAAGCAAUACUUUAAUCUUCAGGAAGAAGGGGAAAAAAAUUAAGGAGUGGUGCAUGGCAGUGGUUUGGAAAGGCCUUCUGCUAUCAAAGUUCUUCUACUCGGAUGUUGCAGAGGCCCCAUAUAUGUUCCAUAAACCUUGGUGGUGAAGCAAGGGAAGCGGUUAACACUUUCCUGCUGCUUCAUGUGAGCUAAGUUUUGCAGUUAUGUAACAGCCAGGACCAAGUUUCUUUCUCUUUUUAAACAGACAUCAGAUUCUCAGAUAAGGAGAUCAAAGGAGGGAGAAAGAGAGAAGCAGAGAGACCAUUAGAAGAGAUGCAUGCUUGAUUACUCUCCCUCAAAAAGUGGUUUUCAGUCAGUAUUCCUCAGCCAGCUUAUCAGGGGUUUUGCGAUAUGUCAUGGCAGACAAACGGCUUGCAGGGUGGAUCUGCACCAUUGAUAAACUUUCCCUGUAGUUUUCAGCUAGGGUUGCCAACCAACCAGUAAAUGACAGGCCUUGCUCGCAGUGGCGGCGGUAUAUAUAUUCUGCCCCCACAUCCAGCCCAAGCCCCCCACCUCAGACUGCUGGACUCCAUACAUGGACAUGUUCCCCCUAGGCGUGGCUGUCAACCUUCCCCUUUUUUGCGGGAAAUUCCCUUAUUCCAGCACCGUUUCCCACUGCUUCCCGCUGCUAUCCUGGAUUGUUAGAUAUCCCGUAGACUGUCCCCAGGACAGGUGAGGCUGCUGAUCCCUUAUUUUCAAAUCUGAAAGUUGACAGCUAUGCCCCUAGGCCCUAACCAGUUGUCCAAUUUUUAAAAAAUCAAAUCCAAAGCCAGCAGCUCACAGUGGGAAAGCAGGAAUUGCUGUUUAGUCAUUUAGUCAUGUCCGACUCUUCGUGAUCCCAUGGACCAGAGCACGCCAGGCACCCCUGUCUUCAAAGCAGGAAUAAGUUUGGUUUGCUCCAGCUUUGUGCACUCUCUGUUGGCAGAGGGUGACAGUGAGGCCCCGCAGGCCUCUCGGUAACGUUCAAGGUGUGCAGGAUCGGUGAAGAGCGUUGGUGGCGCCCAGUGGCGUAGCAUAGGUUGUCAGCACCUGGGGCAAGGCAAGUAAUUUGCGCCCCCUAACCUGUGGAUUUUAGCACUCGAGUCUCUUCCACUAGAUUAGUUAGUGCGAGCGAGCGCCCCCCAGAUGUUGUGCCCGGUGCGGCCGGCCCCCCUGCACCCCCCAUGCUAUGCCACUGGUGGCGCCCCAAAGGGCAGGCUUAGCACUUUGUGCAUCCUGAAACAUGCCCCAGAAUCCUUUGCAAUGCACAGUAGUCCCUCUUGGUAACUGGCAGCGUUGGGAAGCCAUAUUGGCAAUGCGGCCACUACUUGCAUGAAUGCCAUUCAAAUCCAAAGCAGUUGCAGCGGUAGGGUUGUUAUAGGGCCUAGGAUAUGGGGUGCGAGGAGGGAAUUUAAGCCUUCCCCUUCCUCUAUGGUCAGCAUAUUUCUGAUGAAAUUGCCCCCCCCUGCCACCAGCCACUUUUUCCCCAGGAGGAAGACAGCUAAUAUAUCACCCCCUGCCUCCCAGGAAAAUGACGGCUGUUUUGGGGCCACCUCCUUUUUUUGCAAUGGCUAUUUUUAAAAAAAACAAAACUGCCCUGUUAAAUGUGUUAGUUUCAUGAACUAUGUGGUCUGGCCUUGACAGAUGGUGGCGAGGAGACGCUAAAGGAGGAAUUCAGGAGGGUUUUCACAGAAGGUGGUUUUGGCUUUGAGCUGGGGCGGGGAGCUGCUCUAGAGGUUGGAAAUCAUGUGGCAGGCGGUGCCGAGGAGACAGGAGUGUGAACAAAGGGGCUGACAGGAAAUGGGUUUCUGUGGGACAGAACAGGAAGGCAGGUGAAGGGGAUAAAGGCCUUCAAUGUGAGCAAGUUUAUAUUUAGUGCGAACAAGGAGGAGUCUUGUGGCACCUCAAAGACUUGACACAUUUAUUAUGGUAGGAGAUUUUGGGGACUGCAGUCUCCUUCCAGAUGUGUGAAGUCUUCACCCGCAGUUGGCAGGUAUCGAGAGAGGUGUUGAGAGAGAAAUACAAACAGUGUGAUCAGAGGGUAAGAAAAUGCCAAGCAUAGAGCCUAUGACUAUUUUAUUACAGCUGAAGGCUGCAAUCCUGUACACACGUACCUGUUGGAAUCAUAGAUACACGUACCUGGACAGGUAGAGGAUUGCGCUGUAAAUGUAUGCCAAAUAAGUAUAAGCCAGGACUGGCAGACCUGGUGCCCCUCAGAUAAUUUGGAAUAUAAUUCCCAUCAGCCCUAGCCAGCAGGGCCAAUUGCUGGAGAUGAUGGGAGUUGUAGUCCACAAAAUCUGGAGGGCACCAUGUUACCUAAUCCUGGUAUGAGCUUUCAUUUUAAUUGCCAUAAAUAGGUGUUUUUCUUGCAUUUCACUUCCACCAGGCCUCAUUGUUUACAUGUGUCCGGUGUUGUUUUUGUGGCAGUACUCACCAACAUGGAGUGCUGGCAUCUCUUUUUAAUUUAUUUAUUUUUUACUGCCCAUGGCAGCCAUUUUGUGCUGGCACCCAUGACACUUUUAUCAAGAUAUGAGUCACACAACAUCUCAUUAACUAAUUUGUUUUUUUUACCAAAAAAAAAAAAGCACUGCAUGUUUCUGUAUACCAUAUGAGGUCUGUUCUGAAAAAAACCCUACUCGAACGCCACCCAUAAUUAACACAUUUACAAUUCCAAAAAUAAUCUAAUUGAGACUAAUUUUAAAUUGCCCUGGCACGGAAUAAAUAGAUUGGCUCAUCUACAACAGAGAAAAAAGGUUGUGCCUCAUCUACAAAAGUAUUAUUCCAGAGAUUUAUCUUUAAAGACAGUCUUUCAAUAAACCUAUUAUCUUGAUUUCAAUAGUAGCUCCUUCAAGGUGAAGUUUUAAUUGUUCAUGCCAGAGGCAAUGGCAGCUAUAUAUGCCACAGCAACAAAUCAACCCAAUAAUGGAAAGUUCACAUUCCAGACCCUAUAUCAGGCAUGCAUAGAUUCCAGGGGUGCAGAAAACCUCCGUCUUCAAUACAAAUUAACAGGGCAAUCCUCUACUUGUGCUCAGUGGGCCUUACUCCCAGCAGCUGGUAUAGGAUCACAACCUUCAUCUUUGUUUCUCUUGGGAAGCAAUUUUAUCUAGCUCUCUCUCUUUCUGAUAUUCCUUGUCAUCAAGGUAACACAGCAACUUUUUAAAAUAGGCAUCAGUAUCACUCAAGAGAUAGUGAGUAGCUUCUUGAAAAACAAGUUAAUUAGCAAUGCGUUUACAUCCAAUUUUUAACCACUUUGAAAUUAAGAGGAAUUGCAAGGUUUUCCAGAGAUCAGUGCAGUAGCAAAUGAAUGGAAUUGUUGUUUUAAUUCUGCUGGUUUCGCCACUCCUUUUAAACACCCCAAUAAAAUAUUUCUGGGAUUGAGAGCAAUGUCAUAUACUAUAAUGGUAUGGGGUUGCUCGUGCGUAAGUUGCCGCCUCUCCUGGCUAUGUUGCCUUGUUAAACCUUUCUGUCUGGACAGCCCUUCAAUUCAUGGCUGCCUCAGUCGCUAGCAGAAUCCGUCAGUGGGCGUUUCUUAAACCUUUUCCAACAUAAAAGUUGUUUGACACCCAGUCUCCUCCUACUUUCUCUGCGCGGAAGUCUUCUGCGCAGGGAGGGCGUGGGUAGCGGAGGACCCGUGCUCUCCCCGUAGGUGUCCGGUGAAGAGUCUGGGAGCCCUCUCUCCGAUUCCCCCAUCUGCCCCUCCUUAUUCCUGGUGUUGCACCGAAUUGCUUCCCCAUCUGCUGAGCUGCCUCUCUCCCUGCUGGGCCCUUCUCCAGCAUCAUUAGAGAGCCUCCCCUCCACCUCUAGCUCCGAUGUCAGUUCCCUGACAUAUACUAUCAUCCCUUGGAUUUUGUCUCAGUCAGGCAUGGAGAAACUGUGGCCUUCCGGGUGCUGUUGGCCUCUCAAGACCCAUCUGCAUAGUGAAUAUAGAAUGGGAACUGGAACCAAAAACAUCUGGAAGGCCACAGAUUCCCCAUCCUGAAUCUAGGACUUCUCUCAACAAGUUUGUAUGUAUAAACAGGACCGAAAUCUUGCACGAUGUCUGUAUCUGAAUGCUUUUCAUCUCCAACAAACAUUUAUUGAUAUUAUUUGGAUAUCAUUGUUAUUAUUCACUUCAUUUCAAUAGUGUUUUAUAUUUUUAAGGGGGGAAAACCUCAAAGCAGUUUUCAACCUGCAUUAAAACAUCAAAUAAAAUAAUCCAGAAUAAAACAUUACUGAAGGAAGUCAAAUAUAAAAGUAUAACUUUCAAAGCAACAUAAUUAACAGAAAAUUAAAGCAUUAUAUUCAAAAAUUCAAGAGAAAAUAUUAAGAUACUAUUGAUUGAUUGUUAUAAAGCUGAUUAAUAGGAAUGUUACGAGAUGCCCAUGUCUGUUCUUCUUCAGAAAUUUGUUAUUUAAGCCAAACGAUUUACAGAAACAUAGGAUUUUAAAGGAAGUUUGAAAGGAGAGAAACAGAAAGAUAGGCUGGAGGCAAGCCUGAGAGGAUUUUUUUUUUUUUUAAAAGUGAUAAAUUGCAUAAAACAAUUUAGGGUUUUUUUAAAUAUUCUUUUCUGACCAAGGCCAUUUGCCAUGGUCUAAUUUUGUGGUUUCGUUGUGGUUUUAUAAGGGGUGAAGCAAAGGCGUAAUAAUGCUUGGACUACAUAUCCCAUGUUCUAAGGAAUGAGAAGGUCUUGUCUCCAUUCUUUAUAUGCGCCUCUUGGCUAUUUAAUGGAUUGUUCUGUUUAAUUGAACACACACACACACACACACACCCCCACCCCCACGGGAAGAGUAUGUUUUGGACGACACGAUUUUGGACCAGGUUCAGCCCUUCCAGUCUCAUUGCAGAAUUGUCACUUAGCGUUAUGCAAUCUUUAGAGAUUUAAAUUCUUUCUUGGCCUCUUUUCAGAUUCACCAGCUGGCAUGGACCUCAGCCAUUCUCGGGAACAAACAGAGCCUACAGGUACUGUGCUGUGAUGCCCUCCCCCAUUCCUCCAUCCUUAAAAGAGUUCCCAGCCUGGGAACCUGAAGAUGAUUCUUACUUCCCACGUAUGACCAUAUAAGUACCGUAUUGUCUUGAAUAUAAGCCACACCCAAAUAUAAGCUGCACCUUUAAAAUUGAAGGGGGGAGGAAAGAAAAAAUACCUGAAUAUAAGCCACUCCAUUCCUUGCUGCUCCUGGCUGCAUACUGGGCAGGGAGGGGGGAGCCGUGCUGCGUUGCCGGCGGCCUUUCCCCUUCCUCGCUCUCUCCCCGGCCUUGGGGGAGAGGAUGGGGGACUACGCACGGGGCGGGCGCUGCUUUGCUGCGAUCCUGGCGCUCUUUGCCCCAUUCUCCUGGCUGCAUACCGUAAGGUCACGAAUAUAAUCUGCACUUUAACUUUUCAUGGUCAGAAUUUUGGGGGAAAGUGAGGCUUAUAUUCAGGCCAAUACGGUAUGUAACGAGAGACUUGAUCCAGGAUGUCUAACAUUAAGUUGGAUACUUACGUGUCUGCAGUGUGGCCUUAGCCCACAAGACUGAUGCCUGAAAAUUUGAAGGUUUUUAAUGAUUUGAUGCUAGUGCAUUUGAACUAUAUUAUUAAUGCUUGCAUGUUGGAUUUGUAACCAGAGUUCAAAUUUCAACUCAUCUUUACAAGAAGGUGGCCUUCUACUUGCUCAGUCUCAGUUUCCCUAAUUUGUAAAAUGCAAGCAUUGAGAGCAUCUUUCAUUGUUACGCAGUGAGCUAAAAUGUAUUAAAGCACAUUUGAAUUGCUGUCUAAAUGAUUCAUCAUCGUUAUAAUUCAGUCACGUAUAUAUAAAUAUAUUUUAAAAACUCCUUCUAGAUGUUUCAGAUGUUUUGACUGAUGGCAAUUCUAACACAUCCCAUGAAAUUGAAAACAUGGACAACAGUGAAGACUCAAAGGAAUAUCAGUUGACUAAUGGAGAAGGGAGAGAAGGUAAAGUGGAAACUGGAAUUAAAGCUAAUAAAACAACAUAUGCCACCUAGAAUUGCCAUUAUUAAUAUAAGUAAUUCAGGAAGAAGCAGAUGUUUUUUUAGACUCCAGCUCCCACCAGCCCUGUCAUGCAUGGCCAUUGGUUCACAGAUGAUGGGAAUAGUAGCUGAACAUCUAUCCCUGAGUUUAUUGAGCCAACUAAAAAAAUGGAACCAACUAACCUUCAAAAUUCCCUGACAUAAUUGGGAACCAUUUUGAAAGUGGCAGCCCCUUUCUCUCUUUCCCUUCUGUAUCUGCUGGGAUCUGCUGUCUCUCUCCUCUCUGCCACUUGGGUGAUGGUGUGGGGGAGGGGAGAGAAGGAGGUGGGCACAGGUACAGUCUCAGAGUUCUCUCACCUCUAGAUCAGACUUCAAUACCAAGAGCCCCACCCCGGCGCUGAAGUUUAUGGGAUAUGUAUUGCCGAGUCUUUUUUUUAAAAAAAUAAUUUUUAUUAAGUUUUCCAUUUAACAAUCCAAUCAUAUCACAUUAAUUAUUCCAAAUUAUACCAAUAAAUAUUAUACAGUCCAAAUAUUUUGCCGAAUUUUGAAUUUUGUUGGGGGUUCCCAUGUUUCGAGUUCAGUGAGGGUCCAAUCAUCUCAUAUUUCUGCUGCUUUUGAUGUUCACAAAUCCCAUCUUCCAGUCUUCUUCUUGUUAUCAUUUUUCUUCUUAAUAACCUCUGAGCUGUUUUCGCAGGCGAGUUAAACCAAACAUUAUUAUAUUUCUGUGUGAACUUUGUAAGGCUCUCCUUAAAUCACCACACACUGAUCCAAAAGUCCUGCUUGGGCGGCAGGCGCCAUUUUAGUCUGUUCCGAUGUAAUAAAGUCUAAGCGUCUGCUCCUUAAUUUUCCCAGACCAGUUGCACCAUAAAUCAGUCUUUCCAGGGGAGGGUUUGCCAAAUCAAACAUACAAUCCAAACAUGAUAACCAAGCAAUGGCUCACCUCCCCCUCUGACUAUUAAUCUCGCAACUUAGUCUGUCUCAUAAUGGCCGAGUCUUCCACACACAAAGGCAUUCUAGAAAAAGUUUCAUUCUAGGGUUUGGGUGGUGGGUUAAGUUCCUAAUCAGAUUUUUCCCCCACAGCAAGGGGGAAGGAGCAAGUGGGCAGAAUCAAGAAGGCAUUAUGGGUACAACAACACAGGGACAGGAAAAUAAGGCAGAGGGAGCUUUGUCACCAUGUAAGAUGAAGAAACGGGGUGGCAAAAUGAGACAGAAUUCGGAUUCAUGGAGGUCAGUCCAGUGUGCCCUUGCAGAGUUCCCAUUAACUUCAGUAUGGCUUCAGAGGAAGAGAACAUCACAGGAAGCCGCUAUGUACUAAGUCAGACCGUUGGUUCAUCUUGCUUGAUAUUGUCUACUUGGUAUUGUCUGACUGGCAGUGGCUCUCAGUCUUUCAGACAGGAGCAUUUCCCAUCCCUACCUAGAGAUGCUGAGGAUUCUGCGUGCAAAGUGGAAACUUUGCCAUUGAGUUAUUAACCAAGUGGGAGGGGGUGCACCAAAAUGUAUUGGGCCACCUCUGAGACAUAAGCCUAAUUCUCUCUGCCUGGACUGUACUGCUUUAGGCUGCGUGUGGUAGCAGAGAGCUAACACGACAGAAAUGUUGCCCUUUCAGGAGCAGAAUUCUAGCCUAGCCUUUUUCCCGUGGAAGUGGUACAGCCUAGGCACCAGUUGAGUGAGAACUAGCCCAGGGUUUCUGUAGCUAUAUAUAAAAGGGAUUUCAACAAAUGUUGCUUUUCUCACCAUUGCAUGUGAUAAGCUGCAGCUGCUGAAAUCCUGCUUCUGCACACCUCUUACAGCUACAUGGAGUGCAGGAGGUCUGUCCUUCUUUCUGUCUUGACAGCCAACCUAGCAAUUUGAAAGCACACCAGCGAAAGUAGAUAAAUAGGUACCACUGUGGUGGGAAGCUAAAUGGCGUUUCCGUGCACUCUGGUUUCUGGUGUUCUGUUGUGCCAGAAGCAGUUUAGUCAUGCUGGCCACGUGAUCCAGAAAGCUGUCUGUGGACAAACGCUGGCUCCCUUGGCCUGAAAGAAGGAUGAGCACCGCAACCCCAUAGUCAUCUUUGACUGGACUUAACCAUCCAGGGGUCCUUUACCUUUAUCUUAACUUGACAAAGGGGGGAACAUAUAUGACCUGCCAUUGUCCCCCACCUUCUCAGUGCAGCCUAUUAGCAAUCCCCAAUACCAGACAAACCUUUAUUUUUCUUUUUUUCUUUUGCACUAACAGAAGUUAGUCCGGAAACGUUGCCUUUAUCUCUGUUGUAUCUGUGGAGUUAGCAGGACUGCAACUGUCUGCACCAAGUGCAAAGAUAAGCGGCUAAGGAGAUAAUCAGGAAGAUCGUGAACUUCCCCUUUAAGUCCUCCCAUGGCAGUGGCUCUGAGUGACAUCACCUGCCUUACCAGAAAUAGGGUUUGAGCUAAAAAGGGAAUAAAAGUUCUGUUUUGUUUAAUAAAAUAUACUAUCGGGAACAAAAGGCCAACCCAUAUUUUAUAUAAAUGUGCUCUUGGGCAUUUAGCAGUGCACAGAAUUGGGAGUGCAUUCCCACGACAGUUAACCGUGCCCAGUGAUGUUCACAAAUGCAGGAACAGCAAUUCUGGAUUAAAUGGGGGGAGGGAAAUACGUGAAGGCAUUUUGACCAGGGCAAUGUUGUGUGGGUGCCAUAGGAGCAGCACAGAGUCUACAAUCAACUGCUGUAUCCAUGGCCUGCUCACAGGAGCAGUUCAAACAUUAGGUGGGUACUUUCACAAGGGCCCAAAUGGUCCUUUUCUGAAAAAGAUCUGCCGCUUCUGAACUCUGUCAUGGGAUGACCCCUGAUCUUCCACACACUUCUGAACUUUUAUCACAGGAUAGGUACUGGUCUUAUGCUUUCCUUGUGCCAGCAAGGACAAGUUUAUCUAUACCAGCUAAAAACCGCUCUUCUGCACAACUAUUAAAGGUACAGGAGUCCUUGUCCUCUUUUCCAUCACAGCUGCCACUGGAAAUUUUACUCUCUGAGAGCUUUUAAGCCGCAGGGUUCAGGAACUCCUAUAUAUAUUUGCAUGUAUAGGUAUGUCCCAUUUUCAAAUUUGGAUUCCCAGCUAGUGAAGUUAUGAACUCCUGAAUUAGAGGUUUGUCAGUGCUGUAAGUUAGUUUGUGUUUGUGCAAAACAGGGAAAGGUGUGUGGGCAAGAUACCUUGGACCUUAAGCCGGUAGGCGUGCUGCGGUUUUGUUUUAUGGGUGUCUGUGAAAAGAGCAAGAGAAAAGACAGGAGCAAAAUGGAAGCAUCUGCCCAAAGUUCUCUUGGUUGAGGUUCCAGCUGCCGUCGCCUUAGAUGUGUGGUUGUGCUAGAAAAGGAAGUGCUGUGUUUUUUAUUAUAAUCAGAAUAUCGCAUCUCUUGCCUCGUCCUGCUAGUGGGACAAAAUUGGGAGGGGGAGAAGCGUAUCUAGCAACUUCAGCAAGUCCUUUUCUGCAGAGGCUCAUUUAACAGGGGAUUUCAUAAAGGAUUUUAAAAACACACACGACUGUGGAACUUGAAACUUACUGUAUUGGCACCGUCUUCCUUUGAUUGUGGUUUCUGAUUUGAAACUCACAAGUCAGGCAGGGCUCUGUGAAUUCUCUGUGUUUUCUUCCUUUGUUUUAUUAACUAACGCGCCUAGGAGUUGUUAUGAUAUGCAUAAAAUAUGCAGCGCAUUAACUCUUUGCCCAUGUAUAUAGGCUGUUUAUAGAAUAAUAUGAGCUCCCCAAAAAGGCAGCUAGCGUCUCCAAGGACUUUAAAGUCCCUCCUUUCACAGUGGGGGAUUGGGGCGGGAGCAAGAGAGAGAUUUGUUUAAUGAAUUUUGCCCAAUUUUUGUUACUUUGUGAACGCUGAAGUGUGGCCCUUAAAGAAGGCGAGACAUCAGAAUUUGGGAAGCUGCAUUAUGCUAGCCCAGCCCAGCCCAUAUUGUCUGUUAUGAUGAGCAGCAGCUUUCCAAAGUCUCAUGCAGAAGUCCUUCCCAGCUCUGUUACCUGGGAUUAAUGUAUUGUAUAAAGAGAAGCUGGAGAUGGAACAAGGUAGAUACAGAGCUCCAGACGCUCUCCAUGCACUCUUUAUUAGAGUUCCCUAACCUUUCCACCUAGAAUAAUUCCCAGGGUUCUUUGGAUGGAAGUACUGAUGGUAUUAAUAGGCUUGUGCUGUGUUUUUCAAGCUACAUUUCUGAGAAUCCUAGGGUUCCUCAUAGGCUUAUCAAAGAACCUCACCAACAGAUCUAGUAAUGGGAGACAAAUUUCUAUGGAAGGUAGCUUACCAGCUGCUGCUGCUGCCACUACCAGCACCAUUUAUAUUCCAAAGUGUCUGGGGAUAUUCUGGAGUACGUUUGAGGUUCUCGUACAGCAGCAAUUAGUCCCAGUGGGCCUGGGAUGCCUGAACCCCACCUGUGCUGAGAACGUGACCAGAACCCUCCACAGCAUUCAAGGAUUCGUCAGCAGACAACUUCAUCUGGAAUGGAUUCUCUGAAGGUGCAGAAUUUGAAAACCAUUGCUAGCAUAGGUCGCAUUUUCUGAGACAAAACCGCCUCCGGCGCCUUCAGACUAGGCUGUUCUUCUCAGUUUUUCAUUUUUCAAACAUUAAGCUGAGUUCUCCACGUUCCCCCAUCACUUGCAAGUCAAUUCUUAUUUUUUUUAAAAAAUAUUCUCAUGAAGAUUCAUCAGCAUUUUAGUGUGGGAUUCUGCUCAUAUGCACAUUGAUGUAUGAAGCUUUGCCUAAUACAAUGCAAUUUUAAUGUUCUUUAAAUGUUAUAUAUGCAUUCUGUGCACCCUUUAGCCAGUCUAGGCAUUUCAGUACAUAUUCCUUGGUUGGAGAACUUCACUGCGAAAUUUGUAGAAGUGCCCAUUUCAAAGAAUGACUUUGUUUCAGUUUGCGUAAGUGUGAAUUGGGUAGAUUUGCCUUUUCAGAGCGAACUGAACUUGGGUUUCUUCCCCAUCCCUACUUCAGACCUCCCACCAUGAAAGCAUAAGUUCUUGAUAUUUGAAUAGCUUUUCUUUACCCCUCUCCCCAUCUAGUUUGCUUAUUUCUUAUUUUGCCCCUCCCCUGCUUUUUAUUUUCUUUUACGAGAGGCCAGCUUUUUGGCAAUAAGCCUUCGUGCUUGCCAAGGAAUUCGGAAAGUUUGGUAUUUUUAGUAAGUGAAAUUUCCACCAGGUGUUCACCGUCUGGGUUCAUUGAGGCAUCACCCUAGAAAUUAGUUAUUUAAAUGAAAAACAAGACAAGAUCCAAAGUCAUCCCCCUCUGCACCCAUGUUUCAGUUUUUGUUGUUGUUAAUCAAUUUAUCACCCACACUUCACCAGGAGGUCCAAGGGUAGGUUACAACAGUUUAAAAUUCAAAAUUAAAAACAGUCAAAACAAAUUAUAUUAGCAGGAAUUGGGUAGGUCCUGAAAAUAUAUAUAUCAGGUGUCAAAAGCCAGGGUAAAGAGGUCUGUCUUCAUCAUAUGAUGGAAACUGCAUAAUACAGAGGGAAUUCUGCAACCUAGGACAGAGCUUUCCAAACUGUGUGUUGCAACACAUUAGUGUGUUGGCUGCAGUGUUUAGGUGUGUCGUGUUCCUCCCGGGGCUGGAAAUAGGUUCAUUCAACCUCUGGUCUGCUAGUAAAACUGAAUUACUGUGUCGUGAAAUGUUGCAUGUCUAAAAAGUGUGUCACCAACAUGGAAAAGAGCCAGUGUGGUGUAGUGGUUAAGAGUGGUAGACUCGUAAUCUGGUAAACUGGGUUCGUGUCUCCGCUCCUCCACAUGCAGCUGCUGGGUGACCUUGGGCCAGUCACACUUUUCUGAAGUCUCUCAGCCCCACUCACCUCACAGAGUGUUUGUUGUGAGGGAGGAAGGGAAAGGAGAAUGUUAGCUGCUUUGAGACUCCUUAGGGUAGUGAUAAAGCAGGAUAUCAAAUCCAAAUCCAAAACUCUGACCUAGGAGCUGACAUAAAGGAUUCCCUCUCCCAGACUACCCUGGCUAAAUUUCUGAGGGUGACAGAAUGACUAAUCUGCUGAUCUUAACACCCAAGAAAGUCUGUAGGGAAGGAAGCGAUCUUUCAGGUAUUUGGAUCUUAUGCCAUUUAGGGUUUUAAACACCUUGAAUUGUGCUCGGAAAUUAAUUGGCAAUUGCCCACUCACUGUUAGUACUACCCACUCAUUGUUCUCUCUCCCCGUAAGCCUCAUAACUUCCCACCCUUCGACAUGUGCCCCAUCUUCCAUCAUGUCAAUUUCCCCUCACGGGACGAAGAGUGGGAAUUACACAUCAACCACCCACACCUAGUGUGGAUGUACCCUUUGCCUUGGGGAAAGCUUGAGGAGGCAUGAACAAGACGGGGGCCUGAGUCACACUCUUGUCACAACAGCAUAGGUAACGUUUUCCUCUGGUUUUUUUCUUCCUACACUGCUCCACCCAUAACAGUUAUGUGUCAGAGCUCCAUGGGUGGAAGGAAUGACACGGUUUUUCAAACGCUGACAUUAGCGUGGAGUGGAGUGGGAAGGGACCCCAGAGAAGCAGCUUCUGCCUUGCUCUAACAAUGUAUGAAUCAGCCCUGAGCGUGUGGCAGUGUGUUGCCUUCCUCGUGUGAAAGGCUCUGAUGGUUGCGAAUCCUAACUUUAAGUCUCCCCUCCACAGCCACAUGUAACACAAGCAGGCAGGGACGGUUGGAUGGGGUCACAGAACCAUUGGCGGCCUUCCUCCAUUGUUUAUCUUCCCUCUUUUUCAGUGACUGGUUUUACCCAGGAGUUGGGAGUGGGAGCAUCCUGAACAAUUCAUGUUAAGGAGUGUUGAGUCAAACAAAGAUUCUUAACCAGCUGUAGAAAGGUGGCCAGCGGUGCCACAUUCCCCUCCAGUUUUUUCAUCCUGUCUCCUGUGGAUGGAGUGGGCUGAGGGAGGAAAUUCAGUUCUCUAGAUUGUGGUCUCAGUGUGUAAAUGCUGUGAUGCCUUUGAAGCCUUCAACCAACCACGAAUCCCUAGCUGUGGCUGAAUCACAGUUGCCAGCAGGGGCAAAACAAGGCUUUAUUUCACCCGGGUCAAAGACCCAUCCCACACAUUUUUGUACACAGGCUAGGAGCCUCAAGGGCACCCAUCUGGAGGCUUCACCUGGGGCAAAAAUUGGAUAGCCCCCCCCCCAGUAGCUACGGCACUGACUCCCAUCAUCCCUGACCAAGCUGGUUAUGAAUGAUGGAUGUCGUUGUCCAGGUAUAAAUGGAAUAAGACAGAACCAUUGUGGUGACUUUUGUUAAAAAAUGGAAGUUGGAAAGGUGAGGAGCAGAUACAAGUGGCUGUUAAGAGAGAUGGUGAGUGAUAGAGAAAGGCAGGCAGCAGUUCCUCUGUCUUUGUCAGUGCAAUUUUAAACACAUCUAUUUGGCAGCAAGGCUCUCUGAUUCCAAUAGGACUCACCACCAUUUAAGUGUGCUUAGAAUUGCAGCCUUACAAUGCAAACUUCUGCACUGGGAAGGGCUGUAGCUCAGCAGUAGAGUAUCUGCUUUGCAUGCAGAAUAUCCCAGCUUCAGUCCCCAGCAUCUGCGGGUAGAGUCGGGACAAUCCCUUGCCUGCUGCCAGUCAGUGUAGACUGGAGUAGCUAACAUGGUGCAUUGCAGAUGUUGUUAGACUCCAACUUCUAUCAUCCCUGGCUGUGUUUGCUGAGAAUGAUGGGAUACAGAGUCCAGUAAUGCCUGGAGGGUACCGCUUUGCUGCCCCUGGUUUAGACAAUACUGAGCUAGAAGGACCAGUGGUUUGACAUAGAAUAAAGCAGCUUCCAGUGUCCCUUUGUUUACGCAGAAGUAAAUCCUAUUGAAUUGUGUGACACUUCUUACCGAGUAAAUUAAGAUAUAGGUAAGGCUGUGGUUUCUGUCCCCUCCAGCUUCCUUGGCCUGUUGGGGAGGGGAUAUUCAGAAUUCUUAAUAGGCAGAGCUCUCCUGGUGAGCUUAACAGGGGUGCCCAAACUUUUUUCAAAGAGGGCCAGAUUUGAUGAAGUGAACAUGCUUGAGGGCCGACCAAAGUUGUUGACUUUUUUUAGGGUUGAAGUUGUUGAGCUUUUUUAAGGAUUUUACCCUCUAGGAAAUAAACUGCCACAGGGGCCAGAUUAAACCGACUGGCAGGGCUUUGGACGUGCCAGCCUUAACCCAUAGCCAGGCAUAAGUGAAAGGCUUUCAAAUCAAGUAUUGCUUUUUCAAGACAAAUAUAAGCCUCACUGAGCAAGGCUGGGCUAUUCUCUCUUCCCUUUACCUCCUGCCAGUGAAGACAGGGUUUGUCACCGAACUGCUCUUUUCUCACAGCUUCUGCUUUCUGCCCCUCCUGCAUGUUGGUCCGCAUGUUUCCCGUCGUGCUUUUUUAGAAAGCACCUACAUGCAAACUGAAAAAUCGCUCAAGCUUUUGCUUGGGGGAACCUUCGAGCACUAGAGCAUGGCGGGGGCUUCAGUCAGGAGGGCUCAGGUGCAUCCUUUCAGUUCCUUAUCAAAAGUGAAUCAGAGGCAGAGAGAUGCACUAGGCAGAGGCAGAUGGCCUGAAGGAAAAGCAAAAGGCGGGUAUUUUUCCUUAGGAGGAGUUUCAGUAAGAAUCUUGCAAAGAGGUUCCCACAGGCAGAAUCCCGAAGUAGGUGAGUUGUCUUGUUCAUGUCUCCACUUCCCCAACCAGGGCCAGCCUUUCGCACAGUCAGUUUCCUUGGGAGUGGAGAGUGCUGUGGACUUGUGUAGUGUGAUUUUGUAACUAGGGAUGCCAGAGAAUUCAGUUUGCAUUUAAAGGCAAACCUACCUGCCGUAUUUUUUGCUCUAUAAGACGCACCAGACCACAAGACGCACCUAGUUUUUGGAGGAGGAAAACAAGAAAAAAAAUAUUCUGAAUCUCAGAAGCCAGAAAAGCAAGAGGGAUCGCUGCGCAGUGAAAGCAGCAAUCCCUCUUGCUCUUCUGGCUUCUGGGAUAGCUGCGCAGCCUGCAUUCGCUCCAUAAGAUGCACACACAUUUCCCCUUACUUUUUAGGAGGGAAAAAGUGAGUCUUAUACAGCAAAAAAUAUGGUAAUUUGCCGUUUCCAAAACAGUACAAUCCAAACAGAGCCACUCUUUGAAAUUUGCACUUCUCUGAUGUUUUUGCAUAUGAAGUUCUUCAGCCAAGAAAUGUGGGCAAAAAUGCAUAUACUGAGGAUAAAGCAUCAUUAAAACAUAUAUAUUAGUGAAAAUAACAUACAGAAAUGUGUUACUUUUGGGAAAAUUGCUUUGCAAAAAUAUGUAUACAAAUGUGUGUGCACUCGGAUAAAUUCACAGCAAAAUGCCGAUGACUUUUCCUGAGGACUGAUGUGGAAAUGUGGAGAAUGGAACUUAACAUUGGAGAAACCAGAAACCAGAGAAACAGAAACUGGCAGAUUUCCCCACCCUUAUUUAUGACAUCUACUUAUUUGCAUUGUACAAACUGGGAGGAAGGCAAGCACCCAGGUGCCCAGUGCUGGUCUGUAUGGUUUCCAAAAACCAACAGCUUAGCCCUUUUCUCCCCAAGGCUCCUUCUUAUCAGCCAGCUGCAAAAACUUGUUUCUCCUUCACUGGUUACGUCCAACUGCCAAGAUCCUUCUCCUUCGGCCCCACACAUGCAGAUGCUCCUCAAGCAAACACAUACGAUUAGUAAACUCUACCCAUACAAAAACCUCAAGAGGUAGUCACUGUGCAUAUCCAGUGAGGAUGUCUGAAAGCAUAUUCUGCAAUCAUAGCAUAUCUUCAGAAGUUGAUACAUUCACUCCCCACACUACUUUUCUCAAACCAUAGAGCUGGGGGCAGACAGAAGAUAGUUUGUGAUAUACUGGUAGAUCUCUGUGUGGUUUGCAGUACACUGGCAAAGACUUUCUGACUCAGGGGUCGGCAAAGUUUUUGUGGCUUGGGCCAGUUCACAAUCCUGCAGACUGGUGGGCUGGAGUAUGCACGUGCACACACAAACACUAUUUCCGGUGCUCCUUCUGGUGUGGAGGAGGCGUGCGCAGCUUCCCAUUGGCUGCAGGAGCUUCCUGCAGCCAAUGGGAAGCCAGCCAGCAUCGCGGAAGGCGGUCCCCGCUCUGCUCCGCGCUGGGGGUCCAUGGGCCGGUUAAAUGGCCUUAGGUUGCCGCCCCCUGUUCUGACUCCUAGUUGCUCAACGAUAAGAAGAAGAAAACGUUUCCAUCUAAACUGGGCUGCUGACAUGAAGAAAGCUUGGGUGGCCAGGACUGGGCCUUUGUAUUAAAUGAUCAUUUAAUGCAAAAGUCCACUCCUGGCCACCCAAGAUUUCUUCAACAAGCUCAACAUACCAGCUGUCCUGCAUGUGCAUUUAUUAUGGAGUCCCUCAAAUUUCAUUUGCUACAGAAAGGCAAUGAAUGGUAAACUCCACAAUUGUUACUAAGACUGUGAUCCUAUUUCCACUUACAUGGAAGUGUGCCCUAUUGAAUGAACACAGUGGAACUUACCAGCAAGUAAACAUGCAUAGGAUUUUGCAUGUUUGUUUGUUUCAAGACAGUUGUGGUGAUGGAUGCACUGCGUCAUAUUCCCAGCUGCUUCCAAAGUAGUCAGUUCUCUGGUGGUGGCCAUGGUCAACUCUUAAGCAGGGAUUCUUUGGCCCUCCAGAUGCCGCUGAACUACAAUUCCCAUCAUCCCUGGCCAUUGGUAAGCCUUGGUGGGCCUGAUAGGAACUAUGGUUCAGCAACAUCUAGAGGUCCACAGCUUCUCCAUACCUGCCUGUCAGGGAACUGCCAUCGGACGGAAGGGAGGUGAAAGGGCUCACACAGGUUGGGAGAGACGCAGCAGCUGAAGAGGGAACCAACAGGGAGGUGAAAGGGCUCACACAGGUUGGGAGAGACGCAGCAGCUGAAGAGGGAACCAGCAGGGGGAGAGGAGCUGAGCUGGAGGGAUGGCUCAGAGACACUUCCAGCGAAAACAGUGGGGAAGUUUCAGGACCUCCUGUAAGAACACCCACUCCUCGCCGGAAACUGUCACGCAGAGAUUCCAGAAGACGUGUUUCCGUUAAGGAGCUUUUAUGUUGGAAGCGAUUACGAAAGCAACCACUGUCGGAAUCUGCUAGUGACUAGAGUAGCCAUGUCUGAGGGGCUCACACAGACAGAGGUUUGUGGACUUGAACAAACUCUGAGGGGAUACGAUUUUACGCACAAGCAGCUCAUCAUCCCAUCACAGCAUUCCGACAGUCUUUGAAAGCAGCUUGUGCAGGAGAAGGCAUCAUGAGCAACCCAGCCGGAACCGGAGAAGCAGGAGCUGGAGCGGGUCCAAGCCUGGAAGAAAGGUACCAGAUGUUGGAGGUCCAGCUAGCGAUGCAGACGGCGAGGCUUGAGGAGAGGAGGGCUCAGGAUGCAGACAAAAGGGGAAAGCCACCCAGUUUGCCAGAAAGGUACCAGGAUUGGUGCAGAAGUUUGGGGUGGAGCCCAAAACUAUCAUGGUUUUCGGACAGAAAUGCAAUAUGCCCUCAAUCUGCAGUUUGAUGAAUUCCUGACGAGGAAUCACGAGUGGCUUUCGUGAUUGAGCAUCUUGAAAAGGGGGCGAGAGACUGGGUUAGACCCCUGAUGGCAGCUAAUAGUGACGUCUUAAAGGACACGAUGAAGUUCUUUCGCGCCAUGGAUCUGAUGUUUUCCAGCGAUAUUGAAAAGGGAGUGGUGCGCAGACAGUUAAUGGGUUGCAAACAGGGGAGCCGAUCUGUCCGUGAGUACUGGACUGAGUUCACCAUGCUUGUUCACAGAUUGGGGUGGGACUUAUCGGCGGAACCCAUUCAGAUGCUCUUUGAAGAAGGGCUUUCUUCGGCUGUGAAAGACGAACUUUCCCGGGCGCCCAGGGCGGAGUCUAUGGACCAGCUGACCAAAUCAGCGCUGGCCAUAGGAGCGCGCCAGGAGGCGAGAGCAUUGGAGAGGCGGGAAGGGAAAGGGGAACGUUGGAAGGAGUUCCGCAUUCCAGACAUUCCAGAGCCAACUUUCCCACCGGCAGAGCCGAUGGAAAUCGGAACAGCGCGCGCGCGCAGUUUCAAAGCCCAGUGAGGGGGCAAAGAAGGAGGGAAAAGGCGCCCGGAAAUGCUAUCUCUGCCAACAGCCAGGUCACUUUGCCAGAGUCUGCCCCCAGAGGAAAGAAUGGCAAGGGAUGGUAGGAGCUGUGGAUGGAAGAGAGGAAAAUAUACCGGAGCAAGUAAAAGCCAACGCCUGGCUGCCACUGUCAGGGCACAGCAGCCAGGCCAAAGAGCAGUGAGAGUGCCCACGCCAGAACCUCCUAAACCCGCCCUAGUGAUAGAAGUGACGCUAGAGCUGCCAAACGGACACCCUCUAAAGAUAAAGGCGCUGUUGGACUCAGGCAGCUCCUGCAAUUUCAUGAGCAAAGAGUUUGCAGCUGAACACCAGAUACAGACAAUCCUUUAAGCAGCCCCUGCAGGUGACCACUAUCGAUGGCAGGGAGCUGUUGGGUGGAGAAGUCAGCUUGCAGACCGUCCCAAUGAUAAUGAAGGUAGCAAGGCACACCGAACUGAUAGCUUUUAAUGUGGCCACCUUGGGAGGAGCUCCCAUUAUAUUGGGGAUGAGCUGGCUAGCGUUACAUGAUCCGCUGGUGGGCUGGCAUCAGAGAGUGGUUUCUUUUGGUUCAGCACAUUGCUUAGAACACUGCAAAGAGGGAAAGGGUUUGGCAGGGGUCCAAGCCACCCUAGCAGGGACUGAAGUAACAGAGAACGUGAAGGUACCACGACAAUAUGCAGAUCUCCGUGACGUCUUCAGCGAAAGGGAAGCUGACCAACUACCCCCGCAUAGACCCUUUGACUGUCAAAUCAACUUACUCCCUGGAGCACAGCUCCCUGUAGGCAAGCUGUACGCCAUGUCAGACAGAGAGAUGCAGGAGUUAAGAGAGUUCAUUGACAAGAACCUGAAGAGAGGGUUCAUCAGAGAGUCCAGGGCGGUGGGGGGCAGCCCAGUGUUUUUUGUGGAUAAGAAAAACACGAACAAGCCGAGGCUGGUGUGUGACUUCAGGGCCUUAAAUGCAGUGUCAGAACCAGUAGCCUUCCCUAUGCCCAGGAUUGACGACAUUUUGACAAGGGUGCGGAAGGGAAAGAUUUUCACAAAGCUGGACCUAAGGGGGGCGUACAACCUGGUACGAAUAAGGAAGGGGGAUGAAUGGAAAACCACUAUGUUCACCCCUUUAGGGGCAUUUGAAUAUUUGGUUAUGCCCUUCGGCCUACAAGCAGGCUCCGCAACAUUUCAAUCGUUUAUGAACCACGUCCUGGGGCCUUUGCUUUACAAGAAUUGUGUGGCCUAAUAAGACGACGUGUUGGUGUAUUCUGAGAAUGAGGAGCAGCAUGUGAGAGACGUCAGAGAAGUGUUGAGCAGGCUGCAAGCCAACCAGCUGUGGGUGAAACUGGAGAAGUGUCAGUUUCAUACCAAGGAGGUGGAAUUCCUGGGGUAUCGCCUGUCAGACAAAGGAUUGGCCAUGGAUCCCGGCAAGGUCCAGGCGGUGCUGGAAUGGAAAACACCCAAAACAAAGAAGGAUGUGCAGAGGUUCCUAGGAUUUGGGAACUUCUAUCGUAAGUUCAUCCGAAACUUUGCCCACCUGACGGCGCCCAUUACGGACUGUCUCAGCAGUAAGAAGAAGUUCGUGUGGACUGAGGAGGCGGAGCGAGCAUUUGAGGAACUAAAAAGGGCCUUCGCCUCGGAACAACAACUCCUGCAUGUGGAUUUACAAAAACCGAUGAGAGUGGAAACUGACGCAUCAGACAGAGCGAUUGGGGCGGUGCUUCUGCAGCCAGGCAAGAAGGGGUCAGAGUGGAGACCGUGUGCCUUUUUUCGCGAAAGCUGAACAAAUCCGAGAGGAACUACACGGUGUAUGACCGAGAACUACUAGCCAUUCAUGAGGCGUUCCGGAGAUGGAGGCACCUGCUAAUUGGCGCACAACAUAAGGUGCAAGUGUGCACUGACCACAAGAACCUAGAGUAUUGGAGGACGGCACGAGUGCUCAACCAACGGCAAGUGAGAUGGGCCCAGGAGUUCUCCAAAUUUAACUUUGAGAUUAGUUACGUGCCAGGCCCAGAGAACAUUAGGGCGGACGCUCUCUCACGCAAACCUGAAUAUUUGGAGGGGAGGGGGCACCGAAGAGAGACAUGUCAUUCCAGAAGACCGCUGGGUGUGUGGGGCGGCAUUGGUGGGACAAAGAGAACUGGUAGAGGAAACAGAGAAUGAUGAAUACGCCCAGAAUAAGCUCAGAGGUCUUAGGGGUGAUGGAGAGGAACCAGGGGUUUUGAGGAAAGAAAUGGAGCUUUGUAUUACAAAGGGGCACUGUAUAUCCCUGAAGGAGAGUUAAGGGGAGGGUACUCAAGCAGUUGCACGACAGCCCUACGGCGGGGCAUUUUGGACAACACAAAACCAUGUGGUUGGUCACCAGGGAAUUUUGGUGGCCUAAGGUGAGGGAAGAUGUACGUGAGUAUGUAAGAGGGUGCGAGCAAUGCCAGCGAGCCAAAGGGGAAAGGCGGGCGCCGGCGGGGCUAUUAGAACCCUUACCAACCCCAGAACGACCUUGGGAGGCAGUGUCGAUAGAUUUUAUGACUGAUCUGCCGAAGUCCAAAGGGAAAACAGCCAUCAUGGUGGUGGUAGACCUACUAACAAAGAUGUGCCACUUUGUAGCUUGCUCGCAUGCAGUCACGGCGGAAGAGACAGCGAAGUUAUUUGUAGAAAACAUUUUUAGGUUGCACGGGGUGCCAUUGAGGGUGGUCUCAGACCGAGGAAAACAAUUUACUUCCAGGUUCUGGAGGAAGCUCAUGAGCUUACUGCAGGUGGAGGUCAAUUUUUCGACUGCCCGGCACCCUGAAACCAACGGGCAGGCGGAAAGAGCAAACGGUGUCCUCCAGCAAUACCUGAGGUGUUAUGUCAAUGACAGAGAGAAUGACUGGGUAGAAAAGUUGGCGCUGGCGGAAUUUGCCUACAACAAUGCCGAGAAUGUGUCCACAGGGAUGAGCCCCUUCUUGGCUAAUUAUGGGUGUCAUCCCAGGGCUUUCCCAGGGGAGAGGGGGAGAGAUGGAGCGUCCCGGCAGCCGAGCAUUUUGUGGAAGAAAUGGAAGCAAUCCAUCGUCAGCUCCAACUCAACUUAGAAAGGGCGAAGGAAGAAUACAAGAGGCAGGCAGACAAGAACCGAAGGGAAGGUGAAACCAUAAGGGUGGGAGAUAGGGUGUGGCUGUCAACCCAAGGGUUGCCGUUCAAAGGAGGUUGUAAGAAAUUAAGACCCAGGAGGUUGGGUCCCUUUGAGGUCAUUCAACAGGUCAACCCAGUGGCUUUCAGGCUCCGGUUACCCAACCACAUGAAACUGCACCCAGUAUUUCACAGGUCGUUACUGUCACCGUACGAAGGGGGACGAGAAGGGCUGGGCCCCGGGGACCGGUCGUAGAAGAAAGAGAAUGCAGCAGCCAUGUGGCAGAAAUCCUCGACGCCAGGUGGAAGGGGGAUCAGGUGGAGUAUUUGGUAGCGUGGGAAGGAGAACCGGAGUCAGAAAACACUUGGGUAAUGGCUGAAGAUAUCAAUGACGAGGUAUUGAUAGAAACGUUCCAUCAAAGGUUCCCAAGGAAACCUCAGCCUGUGGAGAGGUUCCGGAGGGAAUACUUUGGGACCACUGAUGAAGGGGAGGAGUUGGAAGGAUUCCCGGACUCGGAAGGGGAAGGGGAGAUGGACUCUGAGGAGGAGGUGUACUUCGAGACCAGGAACCGCAACAGGUUGAGAGAAGUGUUCGAGACAUCGGAAGAUGAAGGAAGUUCAUUCCGGGUUUUGCCUCCUCACCGCCCGUAGAGGAGGGGGCGAGAGGGGGUGAAGGGGGCCCUGGAGGGGAGGUGGAUGUCAGGGAACUGCCAUCGGACGGAAGGGAGGUGAAAGGGCUCACACAGGUUGGGAGAGACGCAGCAGCUGAAGAGGGAACCAACAGGGAGGUGAAAGGGCUCACACAGGUUGGGAGAGACGCAGCAGCUGAAGAGGGAACCAGCAGGGGGAGAGGAGCUGAGCUGGAGGGAUGGCUCAGAGACACUUCCAGCGAAAACAGUGGGGAAGUUUCAGGACCUCCUGUAAGAACACCCACUCCUCGCCGGAAACUGUCACGCAGAGAUUCCAGAAGACGUGUUUCCGUUAAGGAGCUUUUAUGUUGGAAGCGAUUACGAAAGCAACCACUGUCGGAAUCUGCUAGUGACUAGAGUAGCCAUGUCUGAGGGGCUCCGUCACAGACAGAGGUUUGUGGACUUGAACAAACUCUGAGGGGAUACGAUUUUACGCACAAGCAGCUCAUCAUCCCAUCACACUGCCUUAUGUGGAAAUGAUCCUGUGAGCCAAUAGAUUCUAUGGGCUUCUCCAGACGACAUAUUUAUGGAGCUUUCACCGUGAUUUGUGUUCUAGGCAGGGUUCUCAAAAAUCCAAAGCAGUCCAAUGAGGACUGAACGUGUUCAGUGGUCACAGAACGAGAGGGAGGGGAAUGGAAAACUGGGAGGGAAAGAAAUGCAAUGAUUGGGAACCUGAAGAGACAGACUUUACACUGCAGCAUUUUUUAUUUAUUUUUAUUUUUUCCAGGUUCCAGUUGCAUAGACUCCCCAUAGCUUUUCAAAGACUUGCAUGCAAUGGGAAGGGCUACGUGUAACUCUUCGCUGGGGGGGGGGGCAAAUUAAAUUUCAUUUCAUAGAGAAGUUGAACUGUGCUCAUGUAUAUAUUAUGUAAAUUGAAUUUGCACGACUUAUUUCGUGUAAUUCUGCAUCGUUUACAAUUUUUUGCUUAAUUCAUUCUGCUGGCCAUAGAGCGAGAAACGGGCUUUCCUCUACCUACAGAAAUAUUACCUUUACAGCUACAGCAUGAUGCUAUUUUUAAAUGAAGCAUGAGGCGUUUUAGGGCAACUCAUCCAUUAUAAACAAAUGUGUUUAAUGAAGUCUUGGUGUUGAGGCUUUAAAAAAAGAAAAAAACGACAAGCAGUCGCAGGAGAAGGUGGGAGGGCGGGCUUUCCCUGUUGACAAUUUUCUGGCUUAGAUCCUGCCCACAAGUUGAUUUUCCUUCUUCAGGGUUCACAUGCAUCAGCCCUGAGAGGGGAAGCAGGCACCUUGAGGUGAUUUUGGAGCAGAACAAUAGCUGGCAGAGGAAGAGUUAAGCACCAUACACAUACUCCCACCAACACUCCUAUUGGUCUAUGCCUGUCAGUGCCGGAUUUAUGUAUAAGCUAAACAGGCUAUAUCUUAGGGCCCCACUCUCCCCCCAAAAAAUUAAAGGGAAAAAACUGGAUGUACAUUUCCAAAAUAUAAGAUAAAAAACAAAUCAAAUAAAACCUACACCAGUGUUUUGUUUUGUGUAGGCUCCUAUUAGGUCCAUAAAUUACCAUAUAGCAUAUAUUCAACACAAAAAACAGUGGCAAUUUGUUGUUGACAAAGGACAGCUGGACAUAUAAACGGCCCCAUUACCUUCAGUAGCAUCAAACCUAAAUCUGGCCCUCGUCCCUGUGAUAAAUAGCAAAUUCCAUUCCUGGUGCCUGGAUCAUUUUGGUUCUGGAUGUCCUCUAGUUAAAACAAACAAGACUCAAAUAGGCCUAAUUCUGAAGUGCUCGAUGGAGCCUUCCCCCAGUAUUUUUAGGGCCAUGUGAUGAAAACCCAGCACAUGGAAGUUGCCUCCAUCCCUUCGACCCAGGUGGAAUUGCAAGGUUGUGUACAAUGGGUUGCUGCUUAAAGACUUUCAAUCAGAGGUGACUCUAAUGCCAAAAGCAGCUGCCUUUGGAGUUUCUAGCAGUUCAUUGAGCUGAGUGUUUUCUUGCUCCUGCUGCUGCUCAGAAAUCCAGAACACUUCCUGGCCUCAGGUGAGCACAGAAGUAGCUCCAGAAUGACAGCUUAUAAGACAGAGAUAUGGAUUGCUCAGUGGGUGGAAGAAAUAUUAGAAUUAAGCGUCAAGGAAACAGUGAUGCUAAAAAUGAAAUACUCCUGACACCUCUGAUCUUACCUGGGAGCCAUUUCUUGAGUUGCUGGAUCUUGAAUGGAUCCAUCUUGUCUUCAUGUUGUUGUUUCUUUUCUCUGCCCUCCCUUCAUCUGUCUUUCUCUCCUAUUUUUCCUUCUCUUUUUCUGGUUUCUCUAUUUUCUUCAUACUGUGAGCAGUCGUGAAUGGGGUGGGCAGUGGGGAAUUAAAGAGGGUGGGCAUUUAAAAAUGGUUUUUGCUGGCCUAAAUCAGGGAUGGGAAAACUGCUUUUCCAGAUUAUCAGACUCCAGUUCCCAUCAUCACAGACCAUUGAAUGUGCUGUCUGGGGCUGAUGAGAACUGGAGACCAACAAAUUUACCACCCUUGGUCUAAAUGGCUUAUAACCUAUAAUAGUUUGAAUUCAAUCUGCCCCCUGCCCCCCAAAAUAAGUUUUAAGAUCUGGAAAAGACAAACAAGAAAACUUAAGGAAAAAACCAUUUUGCAUUAUUUUUGCUGGUAAUGGGGGGGGGGGGAGCAUGGCUGACUUCUUUCUAUGGAUUCUCAAUUUUUAUCCAUCUCCUCACAUUUGGGACCUGUCUUCCAUUUCCCUUCACCCACCCCUCCAGAAGAUAACUUGCUUAAAGGCAAAGGUGAAUACACUGAAAAAGAAGAUGGCGUCUUGAAUUCUGAACCAAUGGAAAACCGAGGAGAGCCUGGGAGCCUUUAUAACUGUCAGCAGGAGUAUGGAGAGUAUGAGAGCAUCGAGCUAGAAAGGCAUUCCGGGCCGUACGACCUCAUCAGGCCAUCUAGUGGAAAGCUGAUUUGCCACAUUUGUGGGUUGCGCUGUGUCAGCCUCAAUGUCUUGAUGGUUCACAAACGCAGCCACACUGGUAAUUACUUUUAGUCCUUUCUAAGGCAAGGCCGAUGUUAAAUGCAUUUGAUCUGGGCCCACUAAGUUUAUCACCCCUGUGUCAAGUUGAGUGGGGAGUAGAGGUGGGGGGGGGAGAAAUUUGAUUCAGUUCGCAUUUAAAGCCAAAUUUAUCACGUUGCCACUUCCUGAAAAAAACAUGAGAACCAAAACACACAUAUCCUUCAAAAUUUGCACUUAUCUGAAUUUUGCAAUGCGGUUUUCCAACCAAAAAUAGUGAUUACAAAAAAAGUGGUCCCACUGAAAUGAAUGCCUCUGAGUUAGUCGCCCUGUCCAUCAAUUUCAGUGGAUCUGCUUCAAGCAAGAAUUACAAAUUUAAGCUGCCACAAGACUCUUGCUAUUCCUGGUGAAGAAUGCCAUUAAUUCAGGAAAGGAGUGUGCUGCGGCUGUCAAAAAAAUUGGGUAAUGCCACUCUCAGUUGGCUGUUACCUCACCACCAACACACACACACACUUUAGGUCUGUGGGGUGGCCCUUGCGUUCUCUCUUUUGGCCAGUGCUGGGUGGUGUGGCAUCUGAAGCCCUGCCUGGCAGCCCUCAGGCAGAAUUAUGUAUAAUUUGUGUUUUUAGUAUAGAGACUAUACUGCCUGCAUGACAGCACUUAAGUGAUACCUUUUUCUCCUCCUUCCAUGGUGUUUUUAAGGUGAGCGCCCUUUCCAGUGUAACCAGUGCGGGGCCUCGUUUACUCAGAAGGGCAACCUUCUCCGCCAUGUUAAACUUCACACCGGGGAAAAGCCAUUCAAAUGCCACCUUUGCAGCUAUGCCUGUCAAAGGAGAGAUGCGCUCACUGGUCACUUAAGGACACAUUCUGGUAAGUGACUUCUAAAAAAUACCAUACUUUUCCGUGUAGAAGACGAGAGGUUUUUAAUUCUAAAAUAAGAUUAAAAAUCGGGGGCGUCUUAUACACGGAUAGUGCAUAUGCGGGGCAGGCGAUUUGUUGCAGCUGUGAGCAGGAGCUUGUCAGUGGUGAUUGGGUGGGAGAUUGGUUGCUGCUGCAAGGGCUGCUUAGGUGUUUGUUGGUGUGGCAAUUGUGUGUGCGAUUUUUGGGGCAUUCCCCUCCAAAAAAGCUCAACAAAUCUGGGCAAUCCUUCCCGAAAAUAAGUUCAACAACUUUGGGCCAUCUCCCUCCAUUUUCUUAAUUUGGGGUCCCCAAAAGUCUUAUACACUGGGGCGUCUCAUAUAUGGUAAAAAACGGUAGUUCUCGCCCCCUCCCCCCACCUGCCCUCAUUGAACAGCUCCAGUUCCUUUUCCUCUUCACUUUCAGUCUUUCAAAAUCCUUACCACCCCCUUCGCCAUGAGUAAUUACUUUUGCAUCCAAAUAUUGCAUGAGAGUCAACUAACCACACAAGAUUGAUCAAAGUCAUUGAUGUUGAUGUGUCGCACUUAUCUAGGAAACUGUGAUGAAGUCACACCGUUUUUGUGUGUGUGUUGCAAGCAAUCAACUUUACAAAGAGAAUUGAUGUCUAGUCUUUGCAUCAUGCAUGUGGAAGCACUGAAUGCUGAUUGGCAGAGCUGCUGUGAUGUCACAAAAUGUUCAUAAAUCGUUUAGUGCCAUCGAUUAGCAUUUUAGUCUUAAGAGAGAAGGUCAGUCUGGCUGGGAAUAAUAUCUCACACAGCCUGCAGGGACAGGAGUAGCUUUCUGAUGCACGUUGAAGGUGGGAAAGAGGCCCCAGAAAAAAGCAAAGGAGCAAGGGAACCCGGAAUCAUAGAAUCAGAGAAUUGUAGAGUUGAAAGGGAUCCUGAGGGUCAUUUAGUCUAACCCCCUGCAGGGCAGCGAUCUCAAUUUCCUCCAACAGUGGAAGUAGAACAUACAAAGCCAUCAUGUCUAACAGCCAUUGUUAUUAUCCUUUGUGAAUUUGACUAUUCCUCUUUUAAAGCCAUACAAGCAAGAUAGCUGGCAGAGCUGGCUAAAAGGAGAACGGAACUUGAUGAAAUUUGAGAGAGAAGAUGGGAGACAAAAGGAGGCUAAUGAGAGAGGGGCUCUGAGGAAAUUUCAAAGUGCAUAAGGACAGCAGGAGCUGUGUACAUGAAGCGUGAGAAGGGCUAGGCAGAGAGGCUGAAGAAAAUAGGACAGAAUAGGUGCCGGAGACAUGGAGUAGUCAUGGAGAAAGCAGGACUGGGGUAAAAUCUCCCAUAGAGCCCUGGAAUAUUAGGAACUAUGUACCGUAGACAAGAAGAAAGUGGACAGAUAAGGGAGGUUUGGGAGACUGGCGUCUAAGGGCCAUACAGAGAAAUCUUGUCGGUGACCAUGGACCCACACUUUGCUCUUCCGCAUUUUCCUUCAGCUGCAAAAUGGGUACAGUUGGGAUUGGAGGGAAAAUAUUCAACGUCACUGUCAAAUAUUUAAGUCCACUGGGCAAUUGGGUAUCUGGAAUUAUUCCAUAUAUAUAUAUAUAUAUAUAAAUUUAUUCUUUUUUUUUAACAUCUCAUUUUCAACAGUAAUUAAACAUACUUUUACAUCUUAUUCAAAUUUUUGACUUCCAUCAAUCCUGUCUGAAAAUUUUCCAAUCUAAUCUCUCAGUAUGCAUUUCUUAUCUUCCCUAUUACAUUUCAAACUCAUAAUCGAUAUCUCUAUCUUUUUCUACUUUGUAACACUUUGUAUAUUUCUCCUUACAAAACUUCUUGUAGUCCUACUAGUGUAAUUUGUUGAUUACAGUUGCUCUUCAAAUAACUCAUAUACUUCUUUCAAUCUUCUGUAAAUCUCUGGUCCCGCAGGUUUCGAAUCCUUCCUGUCAUUUUGUCCAAUUCUGCAUAGUCCAUUAAUUUCGUCUGCCAUUCUUCUUUCGUCGGAAUUUCUUCUUGUUUCCAUUUCUGGGCUAACAAUACUCUUGCCGCAGUUGUUGCAUAUAAAAAUAAUUUAACAUCUUGCCUAUUAAUAUCCUGAUCUAUAAUACCAAGUAAAAAUGCUUCUGGUUUUUUAAAAAAAUGUAUAUUUCAACAUCUUUUUCAUCUCAUUAUAUAUCAUUUCCCAGAAGUUCUUUACUUUUUUACAUUCCCACCACAUAUGCUAAAUGUUCCCUCUUUUUCUUUACAUUUCCAACAUUUAUUAUUUGUCUUAUACAUUUUAGCUAAUUUCACUGGUGUAAUAUACCAUCUAUACAUCAUUUUCAUCAUAUUCUCUUUCAAAGCAUUACAGGCUGUAAAUUUUAUCCUUUCAUUCCACAACCUUUCCCAUUCUUCAAGCUGUAUAUUAUAUCCAAAGUCUUUUGCCCAAGGGUAUCUGGAAUUAUUCCAGUCCCUGAUGCAAUCUGAUCGCUCAUGCAGGAGAAUUCAAGGGAUGGACAAGACAAUGAUUUUAAACCACUGGUUUACAUAUUAAAAUUGAUAUGUCAGUAACACAGUACAUGAACAGAAAGAUAACAGUCCUUUUGUUUGCUUGCUUAUUCCUCCUAGUGGAGAAACCAUUCAAGUGCGAAUUCUGUGGACGGAGUUACAAACAAAGAAGCUCAUUGGAAGAACACAAAGAGAGAUGCCGGACUUACCUGCAGAAUGCUACCCUUGGUGAAGCUGGUGAGCCCCUCAAAAUCAAUUAGAUGCAGAGAAUUCUGAAUUAAGUUGGAGUAUUGAGGAGGGGAAAGAUCCUGGAACAGAGUUUCAUAAACAAUUGUUUCCCUCCCUUUGCAAGGGAAAUCCAUGUGGCUCUGAGGAAUCAAAUAAUUUAAGGCAUGUAGACCUUCCUCCAUCAUGGCGAAUUUUGUGCAUAGUUGCUAUAAACAGAUUCUAUUACCAGGAAUUAAUUCAAUCCCAAAGAACAUAUUCAGGCAUGUUUUUAUACAAAAAAAUGUCUAUUUAAAUGCCCCAAGGCAGUGGGAGAGGAUACAGCUGCCAUUCCACCAGUAGCCUCAGCCAGUUCUAAUCCACUCUGCCUGUUGUACAAAUCCGGCCUCUGGUUUUACCCCAUAAUCCCCUUGGAAGGCCAAGGGUAGUGGUGGAGGGAAGGGGUAGUAAGCAAAGCAGUUGUCUCAAGGCAUUUUAAAGGGCUGACUGGGAUCUUUGCGCAUUCUGGUUUGUUGCUUCUGCAGCACAAGGUGGAUGGGAAGUUCCUGGCAACAUCCACCCCAAUUUAUAGGGUCACAGUCACACCAUACAUUUCAAAGCACAUAUGGAUCUCAUGGCUCUCCCCAAAGAAUCCUGGGCAUUGUAGUUCUGUGACGGGUUAAAAACAACAGUUCCCAGGAUUCUUUGCUGUUCAAGUGGUAUAAAUUUGCUUUCAACAUACGGCUUGGAUGUGGCCAAGGAGCGAAGCAGAGAAGUUGCAAUUGGAAAUAUAGUGGAUUGUAGUCUGAAGAUAAAUGGGCAUUUAGGCUCAGGGCCUUUUCUGUGGUGGCACCUUAAAGGUGGAACGCAACUCUGCUCAGAAGCGCAGCUGGAACAUUCUAGAUUAUCUUUUCAAUGCUGGUUUAAAGCUUGCUUAUUUAUCAGGCUUUUUAAUGCGUUGAAUUUUCGUAAUGGAAUUUCCUGCCACGCUUGUUGUUUUUAGUGUAAGAUCUUAUUGGUUGAUUAGGUUGCGGCUUAUAAUAAAUAACACCCUGCCCCAAAUAAAGAACAACAUGUUUAUGAACUCACAUUCAACAUUUUAAAUUUUACUUGAACUUUGGCGCAAUUCGUAAAUGUUGGGUUAAUUUCAAAAACUUGCCAGCCACAUGAUGGUGGCAUAACAGAUGAUUUAUUGGUAUGAUCAACUGAUGUCAGUAUAGGGAUAUAUAUGUAUAUAUAUAGAUAGAUAGAUAUAGAUAUAGAUAUAGAUAUAGAUGAUAUAGAUAUAGAUGAUAUAGAUGAUAUAUAGAUGUGUGUGUAUACACACACACACACACACACACACAUAUAUGUAUGUACUCCUUUUGUUACUAAAGCGUGGAAGGGAAACGAUCGUGGUUGUUGCAAGCAGGGAGGAUCUGUGGGCGUACCGAAUCUAGCUUGAACUAGGAGGAUUGAGUGUGGGGGAUUUUGCUCCGUGUUUAUCUUCUCUGAGGCGUCUCAUCUGCCUUUCGACUGCUCCUCUGGAAUUUGCCAUUGAUUGAAAAGGUUAGCAUUUGCGACCACAUGGCUGGGAAGGAAGAAAAAAAAGUUCAUACCCCAAACCCUGCAUGCAGCGUUGUAAUUCAAACGUGACUCCUAUGCCUGAUCAGAGAUCCUUAUCGGGCCACUAAUCAGUUGUCUCGUUCCGUGCUCCAUUCCCCUAAUGACCACAUCAUUUGGUGUGACAGGAAGCAAGGCCGCUCAUUCAGGUCUCAUUUAGCACUUCUGAGGUUAUGUUAACCAAACCCUCUCGCUGUGAGAAAUGUGAAACUGUUAAGGCCUGGGCUGACAGAAGUCUCAUGUUGGGAACAGCCUGAAUUGCACCCUGAAAAGGCAUGCCGUUGCUACGUUGCUAGAAUAGAGGACCAAAGGAGAAAGAGAGACAGACAGAGAGAGGGGUUGGGGAGGGGAUAAGAGCACCCAAAAAGUUGGUGCUUUCUGCUUCCUGCUUCCUCUUUACCCUCUCCUUCUCUGCUCACUUGCAGUACAGUGGUACCUCGGGUUACCUACACUUCAGGUUACAUACGCUUCAGGUUACAGACUCCGCUAACCCAGAAAUAGUGCUUCAGGUUAAGAACUUUGCUUCAGGAUGAGAACAGAAAUUGUGCUCUGGCGGCGCGGCGGCAGCAGGAGGCCCCAUUAGCUAAAGUGGUGCUUCAGGUUAAGAACAGUUUCAGGUUAAGAACGGGCCCCCGGAACGAAUUAAGUACUUAACCCGAGGUACCACUGUACAGGGAUCCUUCUGUCCCUAGGCCACAGAAGAGGUCUCCUUAACAACCAUCAAAACCGAUCUUUCACUUCCCUCACAGUAUCUGUACUAAUUAUUAACAUUUUGUGACAGUCCCUUCCCCACUCCACAUUUAGAUUGUACAUCCUUUGGCAUCACAGCGACACUUUAGUAAAUAAAUGGCUGGGGAAGCUAAUGUCACAUGUGAUAAGAUCUGGGGUGGGGAGCCUUGUUCCUAGGCGCGAAUGGUGCCCCUCAAGCUCUUUCUGUCUGGCCCUGGGGGCUUUCCCCAAGCCACACCCCCUCACGCAUGCCCUCCUCAAGCACCUCUGCCGGGCUGAAAUGUGUCCUUGAGCUCUGAUAAUGCCUAUUGCUUGUCCGUGUGGAGAUGUUGGGGGAGUGGGGGUGCAUAGAAAAAAAGACAUUAUUUUUUUUUAAGAUGGCUGAAAAAUAGUUGUGUAAACGUAAGAGUUACACCUGCUGCUCCCCCCACUUUGGCCUUUGAUUCCCCCCCCCCCCCCCCCACUGGCAUGCUGCCUCUCGAAGAUUUUCCAUGAUGAAACUGAGACUGAAAAAGGUUUGGGCUACAAACUUUAAUUGACUUGAUUAGUAGUGUGAUUUUUCUUUGAUUAGUCACUGGGUCCCAUUUAAUGGGUGGAUCUGAGAAUAAUAAUAAUAAUAAUAAUAAUAAUAAUAAUAAUAAUAAUAAUAAUUUUUUAUUUGUACCCCGUCCAUCUGGCUGGGUUUCCCCAGCCACUCUGGGCAGCUUCCAUAGAAUAGUGGUCACAAAUCAAUUUUGGGGGGGUAAUAUUCACAUAUAAUUAAAUGUAACCAAUCAAUCAAUCAGUUUACUAAUUGCCUGCCAUUUAGUACAGUUUAAUCAGCUAAAAUUAUUUCAUGGUUAGAGAGCUGUUGUGUUACUGCACUGCAGAUUGUGCAUGUAAGUUUGGAUGCAACUCAGGUGAUGAUCUCCACCAGGCAGAUUGCAGGUGGAUAUGGCAUCCACACAAAGAAAAGCACAACUCUACACGUAUAAAGCUACAGUGUCCAAGGGAAGGAUUCUAGUUCUUCUGCUAGUUCACAGUACACUCAGGGAUUUUUGUUUUGUUUUGUUUAUUUGGGUUUUUGUUUGUUUGUUUAUCUUGCCCCCUCCCUACCAGUUGUAGUUCAGAUUGGUACAGCCCAGUCUCGGGUUGACCAAUUCAGCGAAGAUCCUAACCCUAUUUACCUGGGAGUAAGCCCCACUGACUUCACUAGUUUUUACUUCUGGAUUGCACUGAUAGCAAGCCCUUUCAAGUAGCAAACUACCAUUCAAAGCCCAGAAUAGUCUCUUCAUGUGACGCAGCCCAGUACUAUCUUGUCCUUGUUUCUCACCAUCCCCAAAACACAACCAGACUUGGAGGUCGGCUCACUUGUUCUCUCCUCCAUUUCUCCCACCAUGCUCGAAGUUAUGUUUCUGGCCUCCUGCCUCCCGCAUCCUUAAACUGAAAAGAGAAAGAUGUUGCAUAGCACUUUUACAGCCCUGUUGUUUUAGGGAGGAAGGGAGAGGCACGCCCUAGCCUCGCUUAUCCUAGAGCUCAGGCUGCUGAGGUGUUUUCACACUGAGGCUUAAGGCAGUUGCUGCUGCCAUCAGCUCUGCAAUGUGUGAAAUCUACAAUUGGCAGAAUGACCAUUUGCAUUACAAAUGCUUCUUCUCUCCCACUUUCUCCUGUGCAUUAGCAAAGGCUGAAAAUGCCCUUAGAAUGUAGAAAUAGACACUGAAAGUUCUGUUUUUAAGUAGCAUUCCUGUUGUGCACAAGAAGUUCUUUAAAUUCUCUCUCUCUUUCUGCUUUCCUAUUUCCCUCUUUUAUGUAUCUGUAGGGAAGCCUGAGACAGAGGGACGUGGGUGGCGCUGUGAGUUAAACCACAGAGCCUAGGGCUUGCUGAUCAGAAGGUCGGUGGUUCGAAUCCCCGCGACGGGGUGAGCUCCUAUUGCUCGGUCCCUGCUCCUGCCAACCUAGCAGUUUGAAAGCACCUCAAAGUGCAAGUAGAUAAAUAGGUACCGCUCCGGCGGGAAGGUAAACGGCAUUUCCGUGCGCUGCUCUGGUUUUGCCAGAAGUGGUUUAGUCAUGCUGGCCACAUGACCCAGAAGCUGUAUGCUGGCUCCCUCGGCCAAUACAGCGAGAUGAGUGCCGCAACCCCAGAGUCGGUCACGACUGGACCUAAUGGUCAGGGGUCCCUUUACCUUUACCCUUUAGGGAAGCCUGAGUCUCCCUUUACUAUCCCUCUAGUCCAGAGAGUGAAACCCAUUUGCACUAACAAGCUUAUACAUGUGUACAGAAGCAUACUCUUUUGUGUAUACAAAAAACCUCAGGGUGCUUCCAGACAGGUGUUUAUUGUGAGCUGUAUGUAUGGAAGAGGAGUCAAAAUGCAAGCCCGUAUUAUCCGUCCCUGUUUAGUUCAGAUUUCCUCUUUCUGGGGGAAAUCCAGAAAGCCCUGUUGCCGGCGCCCAUUUGCAAUAAUAAGCCUUCAUCUGGGAGCAUCCUCACACACCCCGUGACCCAGUCUCCUAUGCAUAACUCUACACCUUGUGCUAUAUCGGUCUCCAGGCUCACAGGCGAGGCACUGGGUAUUGACAUGCACAGCUCCUGCAGCCAGGGCCAGCCCAAGACUUUUUGCUGCCUAAGGCAGAACAGCACAUGAUCCCUUCCCCCUCAAAAAAUGAGGGGCAUGGUAUCUAAGACUAAGCAUGUCAUUUUGGCACCUGAGACAGAAAAUCCACCAAGUGCCUCUCCCUCAGAGUAAAAAUGCAAUAAGAAUACAUAAAACAAUUUGCUGCCCUUUCAUGACACCCAGAAUCUGUUGCCUCAAGCAAUUGCCUUACACUACCUAAUGGUUGGACCAGGCUGUAAAGGUAAAGGGACCCCUGACCAUUAGGGCCAGCCGUGACCGACUCUUGGGUUGCGGCGCUCAUCUCGCUUUAUUGGCCGAGGGAGCCGGCGUACAGCUUCCGGGUCAUGUGGCCAGCAUGACUAAGCUGCUUCUGGCGAACCAGAGCAGCGCAUGGAAACACCGUUUACCUUCCCACCAGAGCGGUACCUAUUUAUCUACUUGCACUUUGACGUGCUUUCAAACUGCUAGGUGGGCAGGAGCAGAGACUGAGCAACGGGAGCUCACCCCGUCACGGGGAUUCGAACCGCUGACCUUCUGAUCAGGACCAGGCUGUACUCUAUGCUAAAAUUCUGCACCAGGCAAUCCACAUUCUUUCUUGAGAAAAGCUGCAUUAAGUCACCCCAGCCAUAAGGUUUAUAAACCUGUUCUUUCUUUCUUUUUCCAAAAAAGCAAAAGAAAAAGGAAAGACAGAAACAUGAGUUUCUUAGGAAACUGAAUUUUGCGCCCGCAAUCACAUAAUGUGCACUUUCUGUACUUCCACAGAAUUGUGGCACGUGCGACACCUUGCCUAUUGAGGCUAGUCUUUUUUUCAAUCAGGACAACAGUCCUCAACAUGCUACAGUCUCAGCAGUGAUUAGCCAGGCCCCCUCCCCCUCAUCCAUGUUGACUAAUUUCUGUACUGCGGUUUUGGGACAGGAGUGCUUUGAAGGCCCUCUGCCUUCAGUUUCAAAAUGCUGUGUAAAGUGCAAGCAAGCAAAUUAAGUAAUCUGCCUAUGGCCCUUUUUGUGUGUAUGUGACUAAUUUCAGUGCCGAUUCAAAUAUGCCUGAGGUGAGUUUGAAGCUAAGUUGUCAAAACAAGUUGUCGAAAGGGUUAACUUACAGUGCUGCAAGUUUCAUCUAUCACGCCUUUGUGGUUAAUGCUGUGUUAUUUUAUUUAAGCACACAUUUUAUUCAUUAUGGGAACCUUCCUCUGGGACAAAUUUCAAAGAGGUCAUCAUUUUAUGCUCUCUGGAAAAGCCACAGAGAGACCUUGUGGCCACCUGCUGUUAAAAGAAGCAUUCUGGAUUAGGGGAACCUUCGAUAUUAUUCAGAGGGGCUCUUAUUCCUUAUUUAUAAUGGUACCUUGGGUUACAGACGCUUCAGGUUACAGACUCCGCUAACCCAGAAAUAAUACCUCGGGUUAAGAACUUUGCUUCAGGAUGAGAACAGAAAUCGUGCUCCGGCAGAGUGGGAGGCCCCAUUAGCUAAAGUGGUACCUCCGGUUAAGAACAGUUUCAGGUUAAGAAUGGACCUCCAGAAUGAAUUAAGUUCUUAACCCGAAUUACCACUGUAUUUAUUUUCUUACAUUAUCCCCAGGGGUGGGGAACCUUUCCAGCUUGGCAGACGAAAUCUUUAUCCCCCACUCCCUCUCCACAGGCCAGCUUUAACAGGUGGGCAGGAGCCACCCAUCUGUCAAUCACCUGGCAUCAUGGAAUUCAAGGCAGUGUACUUGUGGUUCCCAGGCCAUCAGCCAUGUAGGCCCUGCCCAGAUACAGACCUGUGUUGCUUCAGCAAGAUGGUGGCCUGUAGAUCCUGGACCCCUUAUGUUUUCAGCCUUAACACCCUAAAUGGGUUCAUAGAGACACUGAAUUCAUGAAGGUGAAUCAUCUUUCAGGUCAAUUUAAAAUGUUGUUAGGGAUUACCUGAAUUUUAUUUCAUUUUAUUUUUGGGUACUGUGAAUUUUUAUUAUUACUUCAUUUGUUUUGCAAAAAAUUAAAUGGAAAUUAAUUUUUAAAAAUGCACUUGUAAAAAAAGGCUUGCAUUCAAUGUGACAUAAGCUUUCAGGGACCACCAAAACAUCAGAUGCAGUGGGUUUAUGCAGCUACAAUGUAUUUUUGAGUAUUUAGGAUGCCACAAAUUUGUCCUUCCUCUUUUUAAAAUAAAAAUAAAAAUUCUGAGAAAUCUUCUAGGUUUGUGUGAGGUUGUGGCCAGUACUAUCAGAGCCACCCACUAUUACCCUAUGAAGUCUGUGUGACCUAGAACACACCCAGCACUUUCUCCUGUCUCCAUAUUGUGUGGAGACAUGCAUUGAGAACAAGCUGCCUCUCAGAAAAGGUUGCCUGUUAUUACCAGCAGUCACAUUAACGAGCUAGCAAUAAGCUUCCAAGAUAGAGUGACAAGGCUCCAAACUGAAGAGUACACAGUUGGAAAAUCUCUGCUCCAGACUGCCGUGGGGUGGAGCCACAAAGCUAGCAGGUGGGAGGGAGAGGCGAAGGGCGGUGGGGAGGGUGGCGCAGUGCAAAUCUUCCGGCAGGAGUGCCAGAUUGACUCUGCCAGUGUGUUUGCACUGUGCUGACACCCCGACGCCUCGUCUCUCUCCUGGUAAGCAACAGUGACCCGCCUGCCAGGAAGUUCGCGUAGCGGCUCGGCCCCACCUGGUGAGCCACUUAUUCCUGUUGGAUACAAGGCCAGAUCUAUAGACAGAACGUAAAGAAUAUUAGCAGUCCUCUAACUGGACCCUUUACUUCCCAUUGGGAUGGAGAGAUUUAUCUCAUUGUUGUUGUUCUGUCUUGCUUUAUUAACAUAACAUAGUGACAAAGGGGAUUUUUCUGCAUUGAAACUUUCCUUGCUGUUUUCUCUUUAUAGCAUUCUUCAGAGUUUGUGAUCCUUGUAAACCAGUAAGCGCUGUUUUGUGUGCUUUUGUUUUUUAAAAGAAAGAAAUCACAGAUCCGUUGGAAUCACUGCUUCCUUGCUUUCAGUUUAAGUCUUUGUCUUCCAAGCCUUCCUUGGCUUUGCUCUCCUUAUAUCUUAUACAGUGGUACCUCGGGUUACAUACGCUUCAGGUUACAUACGUUUCAGGUUACACACUCCGCUAACCCAGAAAUAGUGCUUCAGGUUAAGAACUUUGCUUCAGGAUGAGAACAGAAAUUGUGCUCUGGCGGCGCGGCAGCAGCAGGAGGCCCCAUUAGUAAAGUGGUGCUUCAGGUUAAGAACAGUUUCAGGUUAAGAACGGGCCUCCGGAACGAAUUAAGUACUUCACCCAAGGUACCACUGUAUAUAUUGAUGCCCAUGACUUUCACUCUUCCACCAUUGCCGCCCUCGGCCACCAGAAUUCAUUGUUGUUGUGAUAUUUCUGCAGGUGUGAUAUUUCUGCAGACUCUCCAUUCUCUCCUGCUUCCCCUCACAAGGUGCUGCCUCUGUCUUGCCCUUCUUCUGUAAAACACAAUUCUUCCAUUAAGCCUUUUGUCCUGAAGCUUUUCUUCGACCCCUUUGCACCUUAUAUCAUCCUGAAAACAGCCUAGGCCGCUCUUCAGUUGCAGCUGCCCAGGAGCCUCUUUUCCAUAGUGACGCCCCAGGCAAAGUGGGAGGCUGUGUGCGAAUGAUGCAGCCACAUUGAAAAGGGGGCUCACUGCAUGGACCGUUUUGCAUACGAACUCUUUCCUUGUCAUCCCUCCCUUCUGCUUUGCUGUCACCUCUUUAGAUUAUAAACUCCUCGUUACGUAUAUUAAGUUUUAAGUUUUAAGGUUUUGGUUUUUUUAUGGCAAGAUAAGGUUAAAUAAAUUAAGGUAAAUCGAAUGACAGAAUAUAGUGAAAGAUGGAAAGGAUUUGUUGAGUUAAUUAAAAGGUUAGAUUAAAUUAUAUAAAUUAUAUAACAAAAAUUGAGAAAGAUGGAAAGAAUCUGCUGAAACAAUUAAUUAAAUUAGAAUACAAAAAGGGAGGUGUGAGGAGGUCGAUGAAACAAGUAAAUGAAAGAUAAAGAUAUGGAACAUUGGAUGUGUGUUUUAAUGUUAUUGUGUUCUUUUUUUGCUGUAUCGUUGUAUUGUUUUUUAUGCUUUUUUAUGUAUUGUAAUGUAUGCUUUGUUAAAUUUUUUGUUGUUUUCUUUUUCUUUUUUUCCUGUAAUUUUUAAACUCUUAAUAAAUAUCAUUAAAAAAAAAUAGAUUAUAAACUCCUCAAGGCAGAGACUCCCCCCACCACCACACAUACCUUAUGUAAUAGUAUGUGUCAUGUACCUCAGUUGCUCUGUAUAAUUUAAUAAAUAAUGAUUACUCCCACUAAUAGCAAACUCAGUUGCUGAGUACCAACAGGGUCAGAGGCAGUUUGCUGGGUAGGGUGGAGCUUCUAUGUCAGUUUCCCAGCAAAUGGGUUGCUGUUGCAUCCCAGAGAGAGAUAGGGAGUGUGGAAACAGCAGGGAAGUUGGUGCAGUAAAAACGCACUGGCAAAGCCAAUCUGGCACUCCUGCCAGAAAGUUUUCACCACACUGGCCUCCCUCUACUCCCUGCCUCCUGGAAAGCAAUAGCAACCAGCCUGCCAGGAAGCUAACAUAAUGGUUCUGCCCCAGCUGCCGAGCUGCUUCUGAACAGGAUAGUAACCAAAAUAGGGCCACUGAGAAAUAGGAGAGAGGACUUUGCAUGCUUGGAGGAAUCCCAGAGUUUGCAGAAGUACAAAGAAUAUUGGGGGGGGGGGACUUUGAAGGCUAAAAUAACAUCAGCAUCCUUAACCCCCCCCCAAAAAAAAACCCCAGUGAGCAUGCUCAGUGAUCACAGAAUGCUAAGUAUCUGUUUGGGUGGGCUGGGGAGUGAAAAGUGAUGGGGAGGGAGAAUUGAAUGGUGUCUUGCGGAGAGGUUAUGACUGGCUGGAGCACUGAACUGUAGCAUUCCACAAUAAAGCAUUCUGUUUCAAACAGUGCUAAUAUUAAUGAUAAACCAAGCAUGUUUCAAAGGGUGAAGAUGUUGUGGUUCCAUCAAAGCGCUUUUUUUCUUAGCACAUCCAUCAAAGGGCUGAACGCUCCCCGUUCACAUUUGCCUUUUCAUGUGUUCUGGGCCUGCCUGCAGGUGUCUUGCAAGUCUUACUCAAAAUCAAAUGGAAAGAUGGGCGGGACAAAGUCUCCCUCUGCGUUUCACAAACUACAAGGUCCAGCCUGUUCAUUAGCAAGAGGAAGUGUACAAUCAAGAUGUUAAUUCCGUUAGGUUGUUUGCUCCCCUUUUGUGAGUCUGAGAAAUUGCAGGGUUUCAGUGUGUGUGGUGUUUUUGCCCCUUAGCUCUGCUGACCACAGGGGUGAAACAGAGGUUUGAGAACAACAAGAAGAAAACAGCUACUCUACCACAAGUUCCACUCAGCCUCCCUGGCUGAAGUGUUGAGGGCAACUAUCUCUUUUCCCCUUCUUUGCUACAUCUCUCUCUCCCUCUCUCCCUCCCUUUCUUUUCGUUCUCCCCUCUUUUCAGCCUGAUUUUUCUCUUCGUUUUCCCUCAUCUAGAAAGCGUGGAGGGAAGGCACAUCAAAUCCGAGAUGGGGACUGAACGGGCCCUUGUGCUGGACCGCUUAGCAAGCAACGUGGCCAAACGGAAAAGUUCCAUGCCUCAGAAAUUCAUUGGUAAGAGAAAACAUGCUUUUAUCAUGAAAUCGCACUGGAAUUGUGUUGGUGAGGAACUCACAUGUUUGUCCUGCCUGGGAUGAUUCGAAAGCUUAUGUUGGUGCAGGAAUUAGUAGCGUACCUUGUACAGGAAGUUGCGUUCACAACCAGAUCCCUGAUGAAGUGCUCGUUGGUGCCUGUUUGUUCCUCUUCUCCCCGCUUUCAUUUCAAUGAAGUGGGCAGCUUUAUGUGCAUUUUCAGGGUUCUCCCUGAAAAGACUAGGAAAGCUAUUAAGGCUGCUGAUUCGAACUCUGGAGACUUCAAGAGAGCAUUGGAUUGAUUUCCAGUGAGAUCAGUACUGGUCCAAUAUAUAGCCCAAACCCAGAGAGCUGUGAUUCAGAAGGCACGUAAACAGCUUGGGGCUGUGCUACUGGUUUGUUUAUGAGUACCUAUGAAGCAAUAGAUAUAAUUCUUACCCUAAGGCAGGAUGCAGCCUUUGUUACAGCAGAUAUUCUUUGCGGAAAGAUAUUUUAGCUGCCUGAUGGCCUGUGAACUGAUUAAUUGAUUGACUUUAACUGCGUUGCAUAUUUCCAAAAUUUCAAUAAGAGGGUAGCAGCUUACAAUUGCUAGAAGGGAACUGCAGUCUUAAUAUUUUCUUUUCCAUCCAUAUCGAAACCACACCUAAGGAUCAAAUAGGGUUAAGCAUAAUAAACAAUUGUGCCCUUAAUUCACAGCCCCUCUAAUUAAAAUUUACGCUUGCCAAUUAAAGAUAGCUCCUGCUGAUUAGAUUACUCUGCUAAUUAAACCAGUUUAUGAUUGAACCUAUUUUGUGUCUUUGAUUGCACAGAUACUAUUAGUUGGGGCAUUUGUGUGUCGGUUGAGGACCCAAUAUGUUUGUGCCUCUCUGCCUGUACUUGCACAUAGGUGCACAAAACAAAAAAGGACAUACACAUGUUUGGUGGCUUUAUAGACGCCGUUUCCUUUUACUUUUAGCUUUACUGUUUUUGACAUAUUUUGAAUAUGAAAUACAGAGAACGGUUCUGAUAAACUUCUUCCAGUAAUUACUUUGCCAAGUUAUCCCAUGAAAGAUUAAUAUUACUUAGUACUAUUGGGCAGUAUUUAACAAAGUUUUACCCAGAGCAAUCCCAUUGAACAUUAAUUUCAAUUUCUGUAGUUCUUCUCUGAGUAAAAUAUAGAUGAAUACCAUCCAUUAUUUAUAAUAAAAUAUUAGUACGCUUAAUAUUGGAACUACUGUUGGUAUUGCUAGUCUUUAUACUGUUGUUGUUUUUAAAAUACUGAUAUUUUAAUUCUACUUAAUUCUAUUAGAUAUUUUAUAAUGUCAUAUUUUUGAUAUGCUUAUCAAAAAUUUGCAGAGUGAGCUUAUGCAGUUUGCAAUUUGUAAGAGCAAAAGAAAACACAUAUGAAAGACAAGUGGAAAAACUGGAAAUCUCCAAAUAACAGAUUCAUUUUGUCCAUUAGCAUUUACAUCUAUUCACAUAUUAUCAAAAUCUCAGUUUAGGAGCCUUUGAAAGAAAUGGAUAAAACAGUUUAUCAACAAAAACUACCACAUUACUGGGCAGGGGGAAAGGGCAUGGUUAAUAAUUAGGAUGUGUUGGAUUUCUAUCAUACUGGAUGCAAAAGAAAUUAAUAAACGAGCAUGCACUUAACUCCUGUGCUCACUGAUUAAAAUAGUGUUAUUCAUGGAGUAAUUCACUAAACGUUUAGUUGAUUUACUGAAUUAAAGGUUGGUUCCCCAACUUUUCAACCAUUCACUUGUAGCUCUGCCUUAAGCAGCUGCCUGAUGCUAGCAAGUUACCUUGCAUGUUUCCAUGCUAUUAAAAAACAAGAACACUUAGCUCACACAACACAGUAAGAGCUUGGAAGGCCAUAUGUCAUGGGUGAUUUAGUAGAGAUUCCUGCAUUGGAGGGGGUUGGACUAGAUGACCCUUGGAAGGUCCCCUUCAAUCUCUAUGAGUCUGUGAUUCUAGGGCAGCUGCAACCUCCCCAACAGUUGUACCUAACACUAUGCGAUACAGUACCUUUGGAACUCAAGAGGCCCAGUUUUCAUGUCUCCAACCUGUCUUUGUGUAUCAUUCUCUCUCUCUCUCUCUCUCUCUCUCUCUCUCUCUCUCUCUCUAAAUGAAUUUCAGAAUAGAGCAGGGUGUUUUCGUUUCAGGUACAAAAAUGUCCGAGGCCAAACACCCCUCUUCUACUUCUUUACCUCAAGCUCAAGUUAAACAUGAACCUACUAUAAUUUUAUUUUUGUUUUUUUCUAGAAUUUUUAUUGAAAAUUUAAUAUACAAAAAAAAGAUGCACGGGGAAAAACUCUGCUAUGCUUAAUAGAGGAGAAUCUAAAUAAUACAAUUUAAAGUAAAUUUUGUUAUGAUAGUGCUGCUAUAAUAAUAUAAUAAUAUCAAAUUAUAAACGUCCAAGCAGUAUACACGGUUUUACAAUAUUUUGGACCUUAUCAAUCCAGUAAAUUAUAAAGACACUCAAUUCUUCACCCCCCCCAAAAUAUAAUCACCUGACUGUCCGCCUUCUCUGGCACUUACCAUAUUUGUGAGUUUGUCCGUUGUUGUUAUUUAAUUAUAUUAUUACAGGUAUUUGUGAACAAUAUCCCAAAUUUUGAUUACCCAAUUGUACAGGGAUGGUGCCUUUGAUUUCUUCCAGUUAUAACAGAUAACUAUUCCUCUGGAAGUCAGUAAAUUCUGAACCAGUUCAAUCUUCCUUUAAUGCUAUGUCUUCAACGUAGCCAAAUAUUUACUGGAUUUAUAUCCCACCUUUUUUCUCCAAGAAGCUCAAAGUGGUGUACAUGGUUCUCCCCCUCCUCAUUUCAUCCUCACAACAGCCCUGCGAGGUACAUUAGGCUAAGAGGCAGUGACAGGCCAAGGUCGCCCAGUGAGCUUCACGGCAACAAUUAUUAGGUCACGUGUAUCCUAUUAUUGGGACGCGGGUGGCGCUGUGGUCUAAACCACAGAGCCUAGGACUUGCCGAUCAGAAGGUUGCAGGUUCGAAUCCCUGCGACAGGGUGAGCUUCCGUUGCUCAGUUCCUGCUCCUGCCAACCUAGCAGUUCAAAAGCACAUCAAAGUGCAAGUAGAUAAAUAGGUACCACUCCGGCGGGAAGGUAAAUGGCGUUUCCAUGUGCUGCUCUGGUUCGCCAGAAGCGGCUUAGUCAUGCUGGCCACAUGACCCAGAAGCUGUACGCCGGCUCCCUCGGCCAAUAAAGCGAGAUGAGCGUCGCAACUGGACCUAACAGUCAGGGGUCUCUUUACGUAUCCUAUUAUUACCUUGAUUUCAGUUGCUACAUCCUCCCAGAAUUUUUAAACUUUGAGACGAGCCCAGAAAAUAUGCAGCAUUCCUGCAUUCUCCGCUCUGAAUCUCCAGUGUCGAUCACUAGCAGUAUUAUAUAUGUUUGGGACAUGAUGAUUUUAAAUACCAGUGGAGCAUAAACUUUUAAAAACUUCAUUUAAGAGAUAGCACAGGUUAUUGGGGGACUUUUGGCCAUAUCCACUUCCAUGGAUCUGUCUGAAUUUCUUGUCCAGGAUCUUGAUUCCAACAGUUCAGAUAGAAAUUUCAUUCUAAUUCCUGGCUCUGUACCAGUUUGUAUAUUUAGCGUAAUACCGGUUUUUUUUGCCUUCCUUCAAAAUCAAAUUUUAUAAGCCGAGAUCUCUCUGGUACUGUAUUUUUUAUCUGAUCUUGCUGCAAACACCCUGAGACUAACUGCCAUCCUCUCUCUUUUAAUGUCUUGAAUAAAAAUAAACUUGACCUUAAUUCCCCACCCUACCCCUGACUCUGCAAAGGCAGAGGGGAAAGAUUUGUUCACCUUAACCACAGCGGGCUCUCUCUGACAUUUACAAACAAGAGUCAGUAGUCACCUGUGCAAAAACGGUGUGUGGUGUUUGUUUGCACCUACAGCCUACACACCUUUGAUGGACAAGAUCCUUUCUGUACAUUACGAACCAGCAGCACUACCUGAGAUCAGGUUGUGAUUAUGAAGGCAGCAGGUGAUGCUCACUUGUCACUGGGAUUGGUGGGUUUCACAGAGUUUGGGCCCCUUCACUCACCCACCAAUCCAUGCUUGUUCGCAGAGUACAGCUGGGAGAUUGUUUAUACGGAUUAACUACUCAGUGGUGCCAAUGUGUAUUGUAAACAAUGUGAUAGAGCAGAGAAAAAACAGGUUCUAACCACUGCUCUGCUAUAAAAGCUUGGUACGUUAUUUGCUUUGAGCCUGAUCUACCUUGCUGUCUUUUGCCGAGGAUAAAAUUGGUGAAGCCCUGCCUGUCAACCUGAGCUCCUUGGAGGAAGGGCAGAAUAAAAAUGCACUAUGUCAAAAUGAAAUGUCGGAAUGCACAUUACUGCGGCAGGCUGCAAGUGGGAAUCAACCAUUUAAGGAAGGUUGUGGAUGAGUGGCUCUUUUCACUUCUUGACUCAUCCACAGCAGGGGUUUCCCUCCCAGAAGAGCCAGAGUAUAAAUAUUCUCAGUACAUGGAGUAAAAGGUGGAGCGGUGGCAAGAGUUGCAGAGAAGUAAGGCAAGGUAUCAGAAGGUCAGCAGUUCGAAUCCCCACGACGGGGUGAGCUCCCGUUGCUCAGUCCCUGCUCCUGCCCACCUAGCAGUUCGAAAGCACGUCAAAGUGCAAGUAGAUAAAUAGGUACCGCUCCGGCAGGAAGGUAAAUGGCGUUUCCAUGCACUGCUCGGGUUCGCCAGAAGCGGCUUAGUCAUGCUGGCCACAUGACCUGGAAGCUGUACGCCGGCUCCCUUGGCCAAUAAAGUGAGAUGAGCGCCGCAACCCCAGAGUCGGCCACGACUGGACCUAAUGGUCAGGGGUCCCUUUACCUUUUCUAAGGCAAGGUAUAAUGUGAGAACAUGUCUGUGGCACAAAUUUUAAAUGAGCAUAAGAUAUUCUCUCACCCAAAGGAAUUCUGGGGACUGUAGUUCUCUGAGAGGAGGAACAGAAGUCUAACUGAGGAGACACAGACCCCUCACCAAACCAGAAUUCUUUGGAAGAAGCCAUGACAACUGACAUAAAAACAACGUAUGUUAAUUUUGUAGAUACACCCUUUGAGCUUCUAUGACCUGUUAACAGGGGCCUGCUUCACUUUGUUAAGGCACAUAAAAAUGUAACAUGUUACGACCCAAACAACAGCCUUGCUGUGUGAGCUAAAGUGAUCAGGCCUGAGACACACAACCUGGCAUCUUUAUUUUCAAGGGAAUGCAAAGAUGUAAGGCUAAACCACCUGACAAAAUAGAAGUUUUGUUUCCUACCCAAAUUUUACACAGCUCUCCCUGAUGAGAAGGGCAUCCCUCUCUCUUCCCUUAUAGGAACAGUUAUCCCCCCGAAAUAGACUAAUCACAUAUAUAUAUAUAUAUAUAUAUAUAUAUAUAUAUAUGUCAAGGAUGGGAUGAUACUCACACAAAGGAUCCUGGCCAAGCAAAACUAGGAAAAGGUGAGGCACGGGAGAAGGAGAUGCUGCAGACACCUGUUGCCUCUUGGGGUUUGGCUGGAUAGUCUUCUCCGAAUUCAAACUGCGAGAAAACUGCUUUUAUAGAGACAUGGGGUGGAAAGCAAAGUCCUGUUCCACAGGAUCCAGAACGCCACAAGGUUGCAAAAGCAACACUGCCAAAAUACAGGUUCUAGGUAUCAAAAAAUGUCUCAAUAUUGUCCUCUUCACGUGCUGGGGAACACAAUCCAAUACAGAGGCCACAAGUCUCCCCCAUAUUAGCUAGCAAAGUCCAAAUUGCUUGCAUCACAGUUUCGGCUUGAUUUUCACACUUCAAAUCCACCAGCCCCAACCUUGUUUUGCUGCUUCCAGCCUCUGUAAGCAAAAACCGUUCAUAUACACACAAGCCCAAAUAAAUAUAUCCAUUCUGCUCUGUGGUUGCGAUGCAGUUGCUAAGGCUCCUUAUCUUCAAGUUGAAACAAGCUGCUAGUUGAAACUGCAAAGCUUUCAUUUAUUAUGCUAAUUUUUUAGUCUAUCUGGGUCAAAGACUUAAAAUCGAAGGACUAGUAAGAAAAAAUGGGUAACGCAAUGAUACAUGUUUUUAAAGCAUUAUAUGCAAUAAAGAAUGCAUAUAUAUCAUAAGCAUAAAUACCUCAAACAACCAUUGACUUACAAGGUUGCCAAAUAUUAUUCUGCUUUAUUAAGCUUGCCAACUUACUAAAUAAUACAACAAAUGCAUUUUAAUCAUGACAAUUGACACACCAAGCAUCACAAACUUUUAUGGACUAGUACUCAUGUCAUUUUACUUAUUUAUUUAUAUAUAAAAAAAUUGUAUAGCCCUGUUUCAUAAAAAAUAUAUCAAUGUGGUUUACAGCAGUAAAACCAUUAAAAAGUUAAAAACAUCUAUUAACCAUGGUGAGAGGAUGUAUUCUUAACUGCCUGCAUAGGACUAGUGAUCUACCGGUAGAUCCCUGGCUGAUCCUGGUAGAUCAUGGGAUCCUUAUUGUGUACAAAAAGUUAUGGGGGAAAUGCUAAAAAACUCUGUGCAAUCCUCCCCCAAAAAGCUCAACAACUCUAGGUACUUCACUCCUAAAAAAAGCUAAACAAUUCUGGGCAAUCCACCCACCUCACGCACGCUCCUCCUCCAUCCAAUGACAAUGGGUAGAUCACUGCCAGUUUUUUUUAUACUGGGCGUAGAUCACAGUCUCUUGGGAAUUGGAUAUGCCUGGACUAGUGGAAUAGAACAGUUUUCAACAGGUGUUUAAGAGUUAGCACAAAAGGCACCUGCUGAAUCUUCGUUGGCGAAGUCUUUCACAGGACUGCGCUGAUGACAUUAAAGACUUGGUUUCUUGCUUAAAGAGGCUAAAAAGGCCAUGAAAUCGACACAGAAGUUCUUCCAUAUUUCUGUGCAAAGAUCAAAUGCGUAUAAGAUAGGAACACCGACCUUAAUCUACAGUAGUAAUUUGUGACAACACAGUCUUCCUGGCAAUACUAAAAUGAAUUAAAAAUUUGAAGAGGAGAUGAACUCCUCAGUCUGGAUGAAAUCUAAUUCCAUGAUAAAUUCUUUUUUUAAAAAAAAUAAUCGUUAUCAGUUUAAAUUACACACUUAUACAAAGAUUUACAAAGAAUUUACAAUCUCAUACUACAAAAAGAAAAUUAAAGAAAAAACAAUUAAGAAAAAAGAAAAGAAAAAAUACAGAAAAAAAGAAGAAAAAGCAAAUUUACAUAUAUAAAAAAACCUUAAUCUUCCUAAUUAAUACUUAAUUAAACGCUUAAAUAAAAAAGACUUCUGACAAAAUGAGUCUUCCAAUCAUUCUCAUUCUACUGUUUAUACUGUUGUUGUUUUCCCCGCACAGUUUUAUAUUCUUUAAUAUUGUUCCAGUCUACUCCACAAACGGUAUUUGUUGUGUUUACAAGUAUCACUCAAGUUCUGCUAAUAUGGUGUGAUUGGUACAAUAUGAUCUUAUAUAACCCUUAAAUAUUCCCUGAUAAAUUCUAAUACCUACUCUAGAUGCUCUCUUUUGUUAAAGGAUUGUGACUUUCACAACAGCCUUCUGGGUAACUGAAAUGCUCUCGCAGUGGGCUCUGAACGUUGCCACUUUUGCUGUCCAUUUCAUUUUUUUUGCAUAGAGAUGGAUCUGCUUAAACCUGAUAGUCCUUAAAUUGCCUCAAGAAUUUUUGCAGCAUUUUCUGAAACAGAUUAAAACAGUUACCCCUCUCAACUUUUUAAAAGACAAACACAAGUUUGCAAAACAUAUUUAUUAGAUGAGUAUAUCACCUAGGAGCUGGAACUGAACAUAGCUUGCUUCCCCAAUAAGAGUACAGCAAAUAGCAAAUUCAGGUUUCCCGUUGUGUAACAUGUGCAGCAUGUUUAAGAAGAGGCACAGAUACAGGUUUUCAACUAAGAAAACAAAGUCCUUUUCACCAAUUAAAACACCAGCAAACCUGAGCCAACGGGUGCACACUCAGUAGGGGGAUGAAGCCAAUGGCUAAUGCAAUGUACCUGUAUGAUGAAAUAAGUGUUUACAAACAUGUACUUGUCACACACAUUACCUGCUUUAGGUAUCAGGCAAUGCAGCCUCUAAGGAGUAGUUAACACAGAUGAAUUUCCCCAUGUGACUUUGUACACUUUUGCCAGCAGCCAUGAUCGUGGACCAAGGUGUGCAAAAUCCUGGUCGCAUUAUUGGUAUUAGAACUGAAUUUUUAAAGGAACGCGGGUGGUGCUGUGGGUAAAACCUCAGCGCCUAGGACUUGCCGAUCGCAUGGUCGGCGGUUCGAAUCCCCGCGGCGGGGUGAGCUCCCGUCGUUCGGUCCCAGCUCCUGCCCACCUAGCAGUUCGAAAGCACCCUUAAGUGCAAGUAGAUAAAUAGGUACCGCUUUAUAGCGGGAAGGUAAACGCCGUUUCCGUGUGCUGCUCUGGUGCCGGUUCGCCAGAGCAGCUUCAUCACGCUGGCCACAUGACCCGGAAGUGUCUGCGGACAGCGCUGGCUCCCGGCCUCUAGAGUGAGAUGAGCGCACAACCCUAGAGUCUGUUAAGACUGGCCCGUACGGGCAGGGGUACCUUUACUGAAUUUUUAUUCCGCCCUCUGAUUCAAAGGGUCCAUAUAACUCCCUCCCCUCAUAAAGCUAACAAUAUAAAGCAAACAUCAAGUUCCGUAACAGAGAAGGCCUUGUUCCAUGCUGCUGUCCAAAAACUGUUGUCAUUGGUGGGAAUGUAAGUAGGGCGUCUCCCAUAGAUCUUAAGGCACAGGCUGUCAGGGGAGACGUGUGAGGCCUAGCCUUUCUUCACAUGCUUGUGUACCCACAUGGAAGAUUGGGGGGGGGGAUUCAACAAUGUGAACUGAACUGCGAUGGCACCUGCCUUAUUGGGGUAAGAUACAGCUUCUGCAAGGUACAGGUUGGCAAACAGUUUCUUGAAGAGUUGGUUAAGAAAGAAGGAAACACGGGUGUCACUACAGUGCUGUUUUCUGACGCUAUGAUGUUGUUGUCAAUUAAGAAAUAAAUAAAUUACUCCAUGCGGUGGGGUUUCAUAUAGUGUGACUUUUAAAAAGUGACUCACUCUCUUUUAUCCUCCAAGGCGCACUCCCAUAAGCCUCUUGUCUGACCUUAUGCUGACUUUUCAUUAAGUACUAGAGUGAAAAAUUGCUUGGAGGAAGAUGUUUGGAUCUCUUCCUACCUAGGAAAUCCUUUCCCCACCUGCUGCCCUCCAGAUGCUCUGGCUGUGGCUGGUGGGAGCUGUAGUUCGAAAUUUCUGGAAGGCAUGAGGUUGGGGAACACAGACAUAGGCAUUACCUCAAGUAGCAGAUGGUUAGAUACCAGGAUCUGGACAAUAAUAUUAAUGGAUAACUGUUUCUGGGUCCUGUGCUUUUUCUCUGGGGGAAACUGAGGUGAUUAUGUGGUGUAGAACUUGGGCCUGGUCUACACUCACAGCAAAGCAUGGUGGGAAUAAGGCGGUAAAGAGUCUUGAAUUGAUAUGAAAGAGGUGGUAGGCUGUGCAUCUUCAGAUGGCAGAGUAUCUUCUCGUGCUAAAAUACGGAGAACCAUUUUAGCAGUACUCAUUUCCUGCUCUGCUAGUCCUCUGCUUAGGAGGAUUCUGCCUCCCUUACAAAAGCAUUUAAAAAUGUCGCACCCAGGGACGGAUUUAGGUUUGAUGAGGCCCUAAGCUACUGAAGGUAAUGAGGCCCUUUAUAUGUCCAGCUGUCCUUUGUCAACAACAAAUUCUCACUGUUUUUCGUGUUGAAUAUAUGCUAUACGGUAAUUUAUGGACCUAAUAGGUAUCUAAAGCCAUUUGCACAUAACAACAUAUGUAUAUUAUCAAAGUAAUUGUUGAACUGAAAUACAAUUAAGAAGAAGUAUAUUAAUAGUGAAAUACAAUUAAGAAGAAGUAUAUUUUUGGGGGGCCCUAAGCUAUAGUUUGUUUAGCUUAUACAUAAAUCUGGCACUGGUCACAUCCACUAACUUGCACCUCUCCCAAGUAGUACAGUCCAUUUCACCAUCUUCCGACUCGGAGCUUAACUAGACAUUGAGAGGAGAGAGAUGACAUCAUUACUCUGUGUGUUGUCCUGCCUUGCAGCCAGGGAACGACAGAGCAGCAAGUGGUGUGAUGGUGUUACUGCCAUCUUUGAAAUAGUAAAGCCCUGAGGUACUAAAAUGGACUGUACCAUCUUAGACAGCACCAGACAGGCAAGGGACCAUAUUUUCAAAUGCAUAUUUUCAAAUGGGGGACCACUUUCUGCAAGUAGAAACUAGGACUGGAAAAAGCAGGCUGGGCUGAUCUCACAACUUUCUCUUUGAUGUGUUAGUUUACAGAAAUAUUGGGGGAGAAUGGCAUUCCUACCUGCAGUUCUGAAGAGGUACAGGCCAUGCUACCACCCUAGGAUGGGAGAGAAAUAUAAUCCAAUUUCCAUUUAAAGGGAGACUGUCUAAGUUGCACUUUCUAAAACAAACGUGCAAACUGAAACACAGCCAUCCCUUCAAAAAUGUACACUUUGCUGAAUUUUGCAAUGCAUUUCUGUGGCCAAGUAAUGUGUGUAAAAAUGCAUGUACCGGGGCAAAGCGUACAUAGAAAUGCCUGUAUUAGUGAAAAUGGGAUGCAAACGCAUUAUAUAAAGGAAGGGAAAUUGCUUUGCAGAAAUGUUCAUAUUAGGAGAAAAUUGCACUAAAAAGCUGGUGGAUUUUCAGGACUUCUUUUUUUUUGAAGGAAUUGCAAACAGAUGUGGAAGUGUGGAGAACUGAACUUAAGGUUGGGGAAAUGAGCAAAUGUGAGGAACCGAGGUUGUCAGAUUUUCUCACUCUUGCUGGAUGUGGAGAGUAGGCCACAGUUCUCUGCUCAAGCCCCACAGUCCCUGGUUGGGAAACAAGGGAGGGCAAUGAGCUUCAUAGAACAAGGCCAGGUCAAUUAAAAACAUUAAUUGAGAGGGUGUAAUCACUGAAAUGACACCCACAACUCUACACCCGCCCAAAACAAUGUCAUAAGCGUGCGCAGUGUGGGUUGUUGUUUCUUUUAAUUCCAUGUUCUUGAUCGCAGUUGAAAUUGCGCCAGUGUUUUCUGGGUCACUUUGUGGUUUGCCACCUGUGAUUAAUACCCUUGAGUGUCUGCAGCUGCUGCUGUGCGAUUAAGUGGAUCAGAUUGGGUACAAAUGAGCAGGUGGAAACCAUAAUUCCUAUAUGUCCUAUUUUUUACUUAGUGACUCAAACAUUUCCGGUUUGGGGUUUGCCACAGGGUGGAAAUAUUUCACCCUCUGCUAUCUCUUUCCCUACCAGGUUUCUGCUUAUAUACCAAAGGUGAACCUUUUCUGACUACCCCUACUCCACAAACACUUUUUCUCUCUCACAGUGCUAACCCCCAAACAGGAGGUGUUUUUGAGCUUUUGAAAGCUUCUCCCCCCUUCGGCUCCGGCCUAGUGUUAACUCACGAGAGGAGGAGUACUCAUUUGGAAUAUCCAGAGAGCGAAGCUAAAUGUAAGGGGGAGGGGAGCUACGCCUGCAUUUUGGAUCAAGCAGGAAUCCAAGAGCACCUUAGCACUACAAAGUUGUAAUUCAGAAUUACUGAUUCUGCUGAGCGGUAUCAAAGCCAGUGCAGUGCUUGGAGGAAUACAGCAAACCAGGAUAGGGCUAGUGAGUCAUAUGCAAAGCAUGGCAGAAUCUAGACUUUCCUUUCCCCCCUCAAACACAAUAGUGGUUAUCUAGUAGAAUGCAAAUUUACUGGUUAGGUAAAUAAAAUACAUUAUGGUUGGUAAUCCUAAUAUUUCUCCAUUCUAAACAUGUGUUGUAAGGUCCAUUUUAAAAUUCAAAACAUACAUUUUUCCACAGCCAGAAGGAGAAACAUAGCAUAUAUUUUUUCAAGGCAAAAAUACUGCUCACACCCCUCUGCCAAAUAGUUGAACUGUUGCAACUUAGCCAUUCUUCACCGAACUGUGGCCAGAAAUAGCUAUUCACCAUGUAAUUUCACCAUAAAAGUUUCAUACAGAUAGGACAAACUGCCUUCGUUGUGUGGUGAACAGAACGUUUUAAGCUUCCUCUAAGAGAGCAUGCUAAAAAGCAUCAAGAUGUUUUGAACUGUGGAUCCAAUCUUACAGAAAAAGUCAGCAUUCCCAACAUUCUCUUGUCCUCAAAUGGUACCAAGAAAAAGCAAUAGCCAAGACAGGACUGUGCAGGUGAAGAGAGGGAGCCAUGCGAAUUGGAGAAGGCUUGGAUCUUAAUGGCUGGACUGACCAAAGGCAGGGAUCCAGGGAUAGCUCCCCACCCCAGUGGCACCUUCUGUAAGUGCCAAAGGUAAAGCACAGCCAUGAGAACACUAUUGUAGUAAUGGCAGCAUCUUCUCGCCAUCCCUGAAACUGAGUUGCAAGGACUGCACUAGCAGUUCUCAUAUAGGAAUGCAGUUUAUAUGGAUGUUUCGCAACCUUAACCUGUUGCAGGAUCUUAGCUAGACCCAGUUGAAUAUAGCAGAGCAUACAAAGACUUUCAGAAGCAAUCACUUGCAGGCAGGUAGGAUGAAGCAGGAACAAGACACUGCUACCAGUAACUUGGUUACUUAUAGGUGUUUCUUAUUUACAACAGACUUUACAAGUUACUAUAUACAGGAUACAGACACGGAUCUUAACUCUCUCACUGAACAAACUCCAAACGACUCUCAGAACACACACUGACCAACCAACUAUCCAGCAAGGAAUGUCAUGAGUCGUCAUGCCUAUGUGGAGACCUCGACCAAUAGCAGAGUUGUAUCCAAGGUCCCAUAUCUCUAGGAAGAAUAACUCCCUCUGCUCAGUUUUCUUGGCCUUCAGCCAACUUCUUAAUUGCUUUGUGGGAAGCUGCAUCAGAUAGCACGUAGUCAAAAAUCCCAAAAGUUUAUCUCUGCAGAAUGUACAGAGACACACAGUAACUUCCCGGGGCUUUCAAUACAAUAUACCAAAUAUUUAUAAGCCUUCACAUUGCCUGCACAGAGCCCGCCCUAACGCUGGAUAUUUUCUUAGUUAAUCGUAUUCAUGAGUUCAAAACAAGAAACUGAAAACUUUCAGCAUCCCUUGAGAAACGGGGCUAAUUUUCUUUGAUUCAUCUUUUCUAGAACUGGCAUCUGAGUCAUAGACAAAUGUCAUUCUGUGGGGGAUUUUUUCUUUUUUCUUUUUAAAAUUCCUUUUAUCUAUCAGAUGGAUCACAAGAUUGACAGAGAAUCUUGUCAGCGGGUUCUCAAGCACAUUACUAAAGAAACGUGAGUGGUUGGUUUCAAACCCAUCCACUGAAACAGCCUGCCAAGUUUCGUGGUCCUUGAGUCAUAGUACUGCCAGUGAUAAAUAUCUCAAGGGUUUGACAUUCUAGUUUCUAUCCUUCAAGCACAGAGGAUUUUAAUACGAAAAACGCCUUUGCCUGCUGUGUGUGAAAAUGUUGCUUGUGGCAGCAGAAUUCCAUUGCCUUAUGGCCAAGGCUGAAUGGAUCCCCUGGUACUAUAACUGUACCAGAAAAGUGCAGAAAUUAGUACUGGCUGCAGAAUUCAGCUGCUGGAGAAUGUCAGCUUCUGUUUUGUCCUAUUUAAAAAAGGCAGGUUUCAGGACCGCAAUACCUCAAGGACCACCUCUUUCCAUAUGAACCUACGCAGACCCUGAGAUCAUCUUCUGAGGCCCUUCUUCAUGUGCCUCCUCCUUGAGAGGUCCGGAGGGUGGCAACCCGAGAACAGGCCUUCUCUGCGGUUGCUCCCUGUCUGUGGAAUGCUCUCCCCAGAGAAGUUCGCCUGGUGCCUUCAUUAUACACCUUUAGGUGCCAAGCAAAAACAUUCCUUUUAAACCAGGCCUUUGGUUGACCUGAUGGACAUCCUAGACCCUUUUAAAAUGCCGCUCUUUUUUGGGGGGGGGUGUUAUUGGGAUAUUGUUCUUAUUUUGAUUUUAUAUAUUGUGAUCUUUUCUGUGAGCCGCCCUGAGACCUCUAGGUAUAGGACGGUACAGUGGUACCUCAGGUUAAGUACUUAAUUCGUUCCGGAGGUCCGUACUUAACCUGAAACUGUUCUUAACCUGAAGCACCAGUUUAGCUAAUGGGGCCUCCUGCUGCUGCCGCGCUGCCGGAGCACGAUUUCUGUUCUCAUCCUGAAGCAAAGUUCUUAACCCGAGGGUUAGCGGAGUCUGUAACCUGAAGCGUAUGUAACCCAAGAUACCACUGUAUAUAAAUUCAAUAAAUAAAUAAUAAAAUAAUCCUUAAGCUAGACCUGAAAGUGUUCAGGGAAUGCUAGUGAAAGGAACAGGACAGGUCAAGGCAGAGUAGAAUUCCUAAUAGGGGUGAGGCCUCAAUACCCCAUGUAUUGUUUUUAAUAGUAUCUUAUAUUGCGAUAUUGUGCACUGCCCUGAUAUUUUAGAACAUGGUGGCACAGAGAUGCUUUUGUACGCAAAAUGUAUUUAUUUAUAAAAGUAUUUUCAUGCUGCCACGGUAUAAAUGUAAGGCGGUUUUAGAACUUUACCCUGUAACAUCCUCAUGCAUCCUUCUGUCCCACAGGUGAGAAACGCUCCAGCUUUGAAGUGAAUUACAACCCCAGCUUUGUGUACGAGAAGGAGAGGGAGGCCAUGUUGCAAGGAUGCCUGCUGGACCAACAAGCCAUCAACAAUUCCAUGGGCUACCUUGGCGCAGAAUCCCUGCGCCCGCUUGUGCAGAACCCGGCACCCCCGACCUCGGAGAUGGUGCCCGUGAUCAGCAGCCUGUACCCCCUGGCGCUCACCCGCUCUGAAGUGCCCAACGGCAACCCUCAGGAGGUGGAAAAGAGCCAUGCCCAGCUGAGAGACAAGGCUAUGUCUUCCGACAGAGGCCUUUCUCCAAACAACAGCGGCCAAGAUUCCACAGACUCAGACAGCAACCAAGAGGAGCACCAGAGCCUUGCCUACCACCAGAACCAAGCGGCUCCUCCUCCUCUGCAGGCCCAUAAUGGGCUCCUGGUCUACAAGGAGCACCCCAGGUCCUACGAGAUCUUCAGGCCACCCGUCGUUUGUCCUCGUGACGUCUUGAAAGUCUUCAACAAGGAAGGCGAACCCAUUGGGGUCUACCGAUGUGACCACUGCCGCGUCCUCUUCCUGGAUUAUGUGAUGUUCACCAUCCACAUGGGAUGCCACGGCUUCCGUGACCCUUUUGAGUGUAAUUUGUGUGGCCACCGGAGCCAUGACAAAUACGAGUUCUCCUCCCACAUAGUCCGUGGCGAGCACAGAAUGGGACUGAAAUGAGAGCAGAACUUCUCCCAUCAGUUUCUGGGGAGACUCGUGCACCGUAACCUAAAACCAGUCCAAAACCAAGUUUGAGUAUUGUGUGAUUUCUACCAAACAACCUGGGGGGUGGGGGUGGGGAAUUAUAACUUGUGGGUAUUUCCUUGACUCCAUGGAUCUACAGUCUUCAGGGUUCCUUGUCCAGGAACGUGGGGAGUUUAAGACUAGUUUACAUUUGUAAUGUAGUCAGAUUUUUAAAACCCUUAAAAAAAAAAGUGGAGAGAUUUCGUUGACAUUUUUCUGUACCACCUGUAAAAAAGGUUCGGCCAGAGGUGAGGAAUCUGUAGGCCCCAAGCCCGAAUGUUGCUGGGCUACAACUUAUAUCACCCUUAGCACCCCUCAGAAACGUGAAAAAUUAAGCGGUAUAUAAAUGUCUUAAAUAAAAAUAGAGAAAUAUUGGCCAUGCUCUCUGAGGCUGAUGAGUGCUGGGAAUCCCACAGUGUCUGAAAGGUCCUUUGGUGACCCAGCCCUGGAUUAGGCUCACAGUUAACGCAGACCGGAAACUAAGAUGGCUGCCCCCAACAGUGCUUAAUUUCUGAAAACAACAACAAUGGCGGAGAGGGAAGAAAGGGUGUCGGGGCUUAGUUUCCAGCAUUUGGUGCUUGGAGAUGGCUGGACCUGUGGUUUGUGAAGACUCAGGUGCUUUUUGUUCAUUUUUCAAUUAUUCCGGGACCUCAGGCCAGUUUAUAUAAUCUGCAGAGCGAACUGAGAAAGUAGCUUUUCCACCUCAUGUUGUGAGCGAAGGAAGCUGCCCCUGAUUGUCCUCCUGGCCCAUUAUUGUAAAGAUUUAGGUGGUGGAGAGUCCUUUAUAUCAUCUGAUCCUCCUCCUCUUACUUUUUUUUUUUUAAGCUGGAGAGGCUGGGGACUGAACCUGGAACCAUCCAUUUGGAAAGCAUGGAGCUAUAGACCCCACCUGUGGGAACCGCAUGUUUGAUUGGUUCACCCUAGGGACGCAAAAUAGCGCCUUGCAUUUGGAAAAGCAGCAUGCCAGAAACAAGGCUAGACUGUAGGCCAUCUCCCUAGCAUGCUGUUUUCCUGAGGGGAGUGGGGAGCUUCUUCUGUCAGAGAGCAUUCAGUCCAUUGAUUCCCUUCCCAAAGGCAGGCCUCCUAAAGUAGUCCAACCCACAUUCUUCCCUUGGCGCCUUGGCAAUGAAAAAGAGGGCUUAUCUACACUUACCUUUCUCCCUGUUCCUUCCAGGCACAGGUCUGCACUUAAAAGCUCCAUGCCCAAACAUUUGCCGGGGGCGGGGCACAAACAUCAAUUGGGGUUUUCUGUGGAUGGCUGUUUGCUCCGAUUGAGUUUUAAAGAGCAGGUUUUCAGCGGAAAAGGUCUAGAGCAGAGGUCAGCAACCUUUUUCAGCUGUGAGCUGGUCCACCAUCCUUCAGACCAUGCGGUGGGCCGGACUAUAUUUUGAAAAAAAUAAUGAACGAAUUCCUAUGCCCCACAAAUAACCCAGAGAUACAUUUUAAAUAAAAGCACACAUUCUACUCAUGUAAAAACAUGCUGAUUCCCAGGGCCGGAUUGAGAAGGUGUUUGGGCCGCAUCCGGCCCCCAGGCCUUAGGUUGCCUACCCCUGGUCUAGAGCAAAACCAAAAAGGGGCGAUCGGACAGGGAGCAGGUGAUGUCUGGAAAGAGUGGAGGAAAGGUAGAUGUGGAUAAGCCCACAGUUAUUGGGCUAAGAUUGAGCCCUGACCUCAGUGAGUUAUAUUUCUUUAUAGGGUGAGUUCUCAGUUGCUGCAGUUUCCGGUGGUCCUUGGUAGAGGAGCCAUUCAACCAGCUUGUUUGUAGCAGAAGUGUGACUUUCGUUUUAUCCUGUCAGUAGCAAAGAUGUAAAAGUGGUCUUUUGUUCUUGUCACACUGGUGAGCCUUUUUAUAUAUGCCUUAAGGGCAAUCUGUGCUAUUUCCAUCUCUCUCUUGCUCUCUCUCUCUCUCUCUUGUUGGUGUGUGUGCGUGUGUGUGUGUGUGUGUGUGUGUGUGUGUAAAAGAGAGAAAACACACACACACAUUCCCUCUUCCUCCCUGUCUUUCAGUUCACAUGUCAUUAUCCUUCAGGGGCACCUCUGUUCCUGGACAAAUCACUGGUCUUGCAUAUUUAGAGUUGCCAGCUUGCAACUUCAGACAGUACUGACUACAGAUGGGUGAAUCUACCAAAUUUCAGUUUCUCUCAGCUUCUUAUUUUUUCCAGUCAUGUGUUCAAUUUUUCCACAACAGCCAUCAAAUCCAAUGCGCACCUCAAUUUUCAGAACCUUGAAACAAAAAGAGUAUUUGCUGGCGAAUGUAAAUGUGCCAUCAAGUCUAAUCUGCACCUUAAUUUUCGCAACGUAACUUGGCCAAAAAAGGUGAGCAUUAGAUUUGAGUAAAUACUGUAUUUGCCUGUAAUUUUCGCAAUGCGAUUUCCUCUAAGAUUAUGCAUUUAUUUUCCACGCACAACACAUACAUAUGUGCACAUCUUUCCCCUGUAUAUGUAUUUUGGUACAUGUUACUUGGUUUGAGAACUUCACUGCAAAAUUCAGAGAAGUUCAGCAUGUGAAUUGUUUCAGAAAUGGUGAGAUAAGUAGAAUCACCUUUAAAGGUGAACUUAAUAUAAUUUAUCUCCCGCCCCUAGUUCUGACCCCACCUCUUAACAGGGUCAGUAGGCAGAGCUAAGGACCUGGGCAGAGGAAGGUGACCAAGAUGAACAAGGGUCUGGAAACCAAGCCUUAUGAGGAAUGGUUGAGGGAAUUGGGUAUGUUUAGCCUGGGAAAGAGACUGAGAGAAGAUAGGAUAGCUGUCUUCAAGUAUCUAAAGGACUGUCACAUGGAAGAUGGAGCAAGCUUGUCUCCUGCUCUGAAGUGCAGGACCUAAACCAAUGGCUUCAAGUUACAAGAAAGAAGAUUCUGACUAAACAUCAGGAAGACGUUUCUGACAGUAACAGCUGUUUGACCAUUGAACUGACUCCCACAAGAGGUGGUGGACUGUCCUCCCUUUGAGGCUUUUAAGCAGAGUUUUGGAUGGCCAUUUGUCAUGGAUGCUUUAGUUGAAAUUCCCGCAUUGCAGGGGUUUGGACUACAUGACCCCUGGGGUCCCUUCCAACUCUACAAUUCUAUGAUUCCCCAAGUUGGUGGGGCUUAUUUGACAAGAGGAAACCAAGCCUUUAGGGUCAUUGGGCCUGUUUUCUGGAAUACUCUGCCAACAGAGAUUCAGCAAGCAGCUUCUGUUUUAACUUUUAAAUGCCUGCUGAAAACUUUCCCCUUCUAUCAGGCUUAUGCAGGCAAUUAAGAAUAUGUGCUAGCUGAUUUCUGAUUUUAACAUUUUAUGUCUUUUUAUUGUAUGAUUUUAUGUAUAAAUGUUGUAAACUGCUGUGAAUUUUUUAUAAUCUUUAUUUUCUGUGUUAUUUUUCAUGAAUUUAAACAUUUUUUAUAAAUAAGGGAAAAGGAAACAAAACAUUUAGGAAGUAGGGGACAUGGAGGGAGACAGCUGCUUCACUCGCGCAAAAACACAGGGACAAAUUGUUUGCGGCCCCUGAGUGUAGCAGUUUGGAGCCUGGCUUCACCCCAAUUUAUUGGGUUAUCCCUGUAUUGGGUAAACCUGGAUUUACAAGGGGAAAGCAUUGAGAUAGUUGUAACAUCCUGGGGACUACACAAAUUAAACGGGAACACAAACAGCCGUGAACCCAUAGUAAACUCUGGUGUUGGCAAACCCACAUUCUGGAUUUGCUGAAAAGAAGUCAUCAGAAAACAUUCUGAAAUUAAGGGUGUACCGUUUAGUUUUACCUAACAUCUUUUUUUGAGAUAAACGUGGAGGCUUUUGCUGGGGCAAAAAUGGCAGGUUAAUUUUGAAGGAGCAGAAAGAAAUUUGAUGACUAGCCAAAUUUCCCAGUGAGGAAGGUUCCAAACCUUCCUGUGUUGCCACCAUUGUUGCUGCUGCUCCAGCCUAAUGGGUCUCUCAAGGGGGAAACGUGGAAGGGAUUUUGCAGACAGCAAAAAGUGUUGGUAAAAGACUAGCAAAAUUUCCCAGCAGGAUCGGGUGGGGGUAAGGGGAGCCCUUCGUAUCCUUGCUUCUGAACCUUCCUUGGGAGUUGCUCUUGCCUCUGUUGAGAACUGGCAGAAGGAAACCACUGUUGCCUUGUGAUAGGAAACCCUCCAUGGAAGCUGAAAACGCCAUUGCCUUACCUUGGAGGGCCGUGAAUGUGCCUCUGCAUUAACAUUGCUGCUUCUGACUACUCGUCGCUCAUGGCUGUCGCUCUGAAGACAGCACGCUGGUGUGUUUCUGCUUCGAAAAUAGGUCUCUGCACUUGUUCUGGAGUUCUUUCGUUCCAGUCAAAGAAUUAACGGGAACCUGCUGUCAUUCCGAGUGUGUUUGUUUUCAAAAAGUGUUAUCUACAGUGUAAAGUGAUGGAUUUAUUUUUUAAUACAAAGUGCUUUUUUCAGU